AUGAGUGGCUUGAGGUAUGGUAAGUAUUGGAGGUGAUCGAGACAAGAUGCAGAGAUGUAUUGCUUUCCUCAGUUAUUUUGCAACAUUUCAACUUAUAUGUAAAUCAUGUAAACACUAUGAGAUAAAUACUGGCCCUAUUUAGCUCACAUGACAGUACUGUGGGAACAUUAGCUGGGUUUGAUCAUCCCUUUGUCAUGAUUCAUUAUGUACUGGUCAGAGAACAGCCACUUCUUUGGCUUUUGUAACAGCUGUGUCCCCAGCUGUAUAGGUCACUCACAACUGGAAAUGGAAGACUCACUUUUGCCAGGCUAUUGUCUGUCAUUCAGGGAACCAUGUAAGAAAGUUAGUAUAUGGCUGUAUUGCCACCCCAUAAAACUGUCAAUGUUCUAUUCUAUUUUGGAAGAUGGGAUAAAGUGCUUCCCAUAGUUUCAUUCAAAGAUCUGUCAUGUCUAUUCAUCUUUAUAGAACCCCCCAACCCAAUUAAGGAGCUGAUAGAACUAGUGACUUUAUUGUAGUUCUAUCAACAAUAGAAGACAUAUAAUUUUUUAUUUUGGCUGUGGUUAAACCUCAACGACAUUAAAAGUGAUGGCUUUGGAGACCGAAAAGGUGAGAAAGUGUAUAAGGCAUGCAAAUUCAGCAACCUGGUCUCAGAGCAUUUCGUAUUAUUAUGGACGUGAAUCUGGGAAACUCCAUUUAGUAUGAUAUAUUACGUUUGAUAUGGUAUGUAUUAAUUUGUGGAUGUCCAUCAUCCAUUUUGUAUGCUAUGUUACAAAUUACAAUUCGUAUGAUGUGUUACAAAUUUGCAAAACUUAUAUGUUACAAAUCAUAUGAAAUGUACGAAUUCUAAUUCAUUGUGGCUAACGUUAGCUAGGCUAGGGGUUAGGGUUAAGGUUAGGAGUUGGGUUAAAGGGUUAAGGCCAGGGUUAGGACAAGGCUUAGCUAAAAGGGUUACGGUUAGGGUUACGGGAAGGUUUAGCUAACAUGCUAAGUAGUUGCAAAGUAGCCCAAAAAGUAGAACUAAAUUGAAAAGUUGCUAAAAUGAUAGUUGUCCGUGAUCAGAUUUGGUUUGCUAGACGUUCACGUUAUAUGGACACUCAUCCAACUACCCUCCUUUUGGUUUUGCCUUAAGUAACCUUCUGUCUUAUGUAACCAAACAUAACAUAUCAUACUAAUUUGAGUGUAUCAAAUGUAUGUUUACUAUGUUACGUCUAGUCUAUGAGACCAGGCUUGAUUCAGAUAUCCAACCCUGUUAAGAGUUAUCUCAAAAUAAGAUAAUUCUAAACUGCCAUUGAAAGCAAAUUACUUGGAUCAUACAUGGCCUACAUACUAUGCACUAUGCAUGAACUUGUUUCAGUCCUGUCCUCCCUCAUUUCAAUUUCACAAUAGUUUCCGUUAAAGAUGCACUAUGCAGAAAUCGCUCCACCAUUUCAUGGUUGCUAAAAUUCUAAUAGUUGGCCUAAGUUCAGUUUAUGCGGCAAAACAAGCAAGUAUAGUGUAGAUAACCAUCUAAAUCGCUGUGAAGUAUAUUUUCCAUAACCAAAAAUAUUGUUUUUUUUCAGCUGUUUGUAGCUGUUGUACAAAACCUAAAGUAAAUUAGGCAAAAACGAAACUUAAGAAUGGGAAGCAUAGAAAUUGCACACAUAGAACACAUCUAACACUUCUUAGACUUGCUUUCAAUGAGAAUGACAGAUCUAUAACACAACUUUUUGGUUGGUAGCCCAAAAGUUACAUAUUGCAGCUUUAAAUGGGAAACCUGCAGUUCAAAUAAUUACAAAGUGGAUACCCCGCCACUGUUUCGGUAAACAGCUGAGGGAUGGGACUGGGGAAAUGUAACUACACUUAAAUUAAUAGACAGAGCUAUGGAUGCAAGGACUGACCAUCCAUUAUAUCAAAUUAUAGUUUUAACCAUGUUUUGAGGCUAUACAGUAGGCUAUUAUUUUGGGUUCUGGUGGGGUUAGACAGUUGAACUAAGCUCAUGAGGCAUUUAUAAGUUAUAUUCUUCAAGAAUUCAUGUCUGUGUACACUGAGUGUACACAUUAGGAGCAUGCUCUUUCCAAGACAUAGACAGACCAGGUGAAUCCAGGUGAAAGCUAUGAUCCCUUUAAUCCACUUCAAUCAGUGUAGAAGAAGGGGAGGAGACAGGUUAACGAAGGAUUGAGACAAAUGAAACAUGGAUUGUGUAUGUAUGCCAUUCAGAGGGUGAAUGGGCAAGACAAAAAUAUUUAAGUGCCUUUGAACCGGGUAUGGUAGUAGGUGCCAGGCGCACCGGUUUGAGUGUGUCAAGAACAGCAAAGCUGCUUGGUUUUUCACGCUCAACAGUUUCCCAUGUGUAUCAAGAAUGGUCCACCACUAUUCUUGAUACCAUCCAACUUCACACAACUGUGGGAUGCAUUGGAGUCAACAUGGGCCAGCAUCCCUGUGGAAAGCUUUUGACACCUUGUGGAGGCCAUGCCCCGACGAAUUGAGACUGUUCUGAGGGCAAAAGGGGUUGCAACUCAAUAUUGACUACUCAGUGUAUUAUGAAUUUAAAAGUAAAUAAAUAUAUGUAGUAAUCGCACUUGCCCCUUUAAGGAAUGUUUACUUUCAUUGUGGCAUGGCCUACUGUCAGUCCAUGCUGCAACAGUAAGCAUCACAGACACAGAAUAAAACAAUUAUCAUGGGACCUAAUUAUGUGGAAUCUGUGAAUGUCCAAUUUGUCGAUUUUCACAGUGUGGUGGAGAAGCAACUGCUGUAGAAUUCUGGAUGGGUUUGCAGCAUUUUUAGCAAAUGUUCUUAACCCCUGGGACUUGCCUGCCUGCCUUUAGUUGAGGGUGGGGCGCCAGAGGGAGAGAGAACGUCCUCUAGCUGUGUGCAAGGACACGGUCCUGAACGGUAAACCCGCUUUAAUGCUGUUUCAAGCAUCUUGCGCGACGGGGAAAAGGUUCAACAAUCGAUUUCAGUUUCCGACUUUAGGAUAAGUGCGUGUUUAGCGUUUAUAUACUGAACUGUGAUUACAUGAAUUAAGUUUUGAAACGUCGCCGUGUCACGAAUUUGAAGAAGUUUCCAAAAGUUUUCCAAAACGGCGAACUCCAGUCGGACGACAGGAGAGGAGAUAAUAUGAUUAUUCUAGGAGACCAGCUCCCUCUCCAAUAAGAUAAUGUAAGUUAUAAAUAUGUUUUUAUUGCUCAUGACGUUAUCGUCAAUGCUUGACUUUUUCAUUGUCUUGGAGAUUAUUUUCCAGAGGAUAAUUUAAUGGAUGUUACAUUGUUACACUUUGUGUUUUUUACUAAAUGUAUAUAUUAGCCUAUUGACUUUGAGAGUGGUCAUAAAGUUUUCAAAACACAGUCAACAACUUGUUCUGUAUAGUUAAUCAAUUUGACUGCUAAUGUAACGCUUCUGGCCAUAUUGCUAUAGGGUUUUCAUAAAUUCUUGUUCAAUAGCACUCAAGACAUGGUAAAUUAUUACAUGCAAAACUGCAUGAUUAUGACACAAAGUAAACGUAACUACUUUAGAGGUAGUGAAAGUAGCCUACAUUAUAGAGAACAGCUUUUUCACUAACUUGGUUUUCCCCCUAGCUCUACUGAACACACUACUGACAUUACUGAACACUCAAUUGAGUGAAAUUCUUAUUAUUCUAUCAUCUCUCUGGCGGCUGUGUUGGUGUUGGGUAGCUAGCUAUACCACGUUUUUUUUAAAAGUAUAAUUUCUGCCAGAUUUUGUAUCUUCAUAAAGACUAUAUAAUGACAUGUUGUCUUCUGAAGUGUAAUCAGCAUGUGAGAAAUUGCUGUUGAAAGAGUGGUCUUAUUAUAUUCUUCACUGGUGUUACACAACCCUAGAACAUGUUCCAAAAGUUGGUGUAAACUGAAAGAUUACAGACUAAAUUCACAGCUGCCAGACAGUUCCACCAGGUCCUCAAUGUGGAACUUCUCUGACAGGACAGAAAAUAUUAAGCGAUGUGAGAUGAAGUUAUAGAGAAUCUGUUGAAAAGAAGAUGAAUAGCCUAUACCUGCCCCAGGUGGAUGAUGUCAGUCACUCCACUAAACUGGAGGAUUUAAUUAAAAACCAAGGUCUUAAUCUGAUGGCCCUCAUAUCCUGAGACCCACAGCUCAGUGAUGACUCUAUACCAUUAUAAGGCAUCAUCAAAGCAGAGCUCUGUGAAGAGUGAGAAAGACAGGCCAUUAGAUAUCAUAAUGAAUGUGUCUGAAGAUGGUUCAUGACUCUUGUCCAACCAGUCUUCUCUACCAUACGUACACUCUAAACAGACAUGUAUUCCUACUAGUUUGGAUAUUUAUAAUACCAUCUUCAUCUAUGUUACUACUGCCCAUUUUUUAUUAUGAGUGCCUGGCAUCAAUGGGUUUGAUGGACAUACAAUGAAAAUCCACCCUAGCCACCAGAUGAAUCAGUCUUUAUGUGGUCUCCAUGGGAUCCAAAGUACUGACCUCUCUCUGCUUGUGUUGCAUUCAUAUUUACACAUUUUGAGAGAAACAACUCUCAACAAAGAACACUUUUUCUCUAAUGUCAGGAAUUGCAUGAAUUGAUGUAAUAUGCAAGCAAUUAAUUGAGUCUUGUUCUCUCAGCCCUAAUGCUAUAAAUUAUGUAUAAAGAUGUAAUUAACUUCCUUAUUCAUAUUUAUUUCUUCUACAUUUGGAAGGCUACUGUCUACUCUACUGUUUAGGCUAGUAAAUGAAAAAGGGAUUGUUAGAAAUGUAAAGUUUAUUUUUGAGGUUUCCUUCCUUUGUAGAACAUACAAUCAUAUCCAAUCAUUUCCAAUAACCAUAUUAGUUACUAUUUGAAUAGUCAAAGUAACAAUGGAUGACUUUAGAAUUAUGAGAAAGUAUAUACGUGGCUUUUUUUGUGUGAAAUUUGAAUAGUCAACUUUUUUCUAUUUAUACUGUUUAUACUGAGUCUGUUUAGCAAGAAUAUUGGCUGUCCUUUGAGAUAAGGUUGUGGAGUUAUAAGGUUGUGGAGUUAUAAGGUCGUGGAGUCGUAAACAUGCUAGUUCUUCACUACUGAGUAUUGUUUUCUGAAUGACUAUAAGAUAAGAUUUUCCUUCCUUCUCUUGAUGAGAGCACCUCUCUUGAUCUUUGUUUCCUGAUAGCCAUGAUGAACGUGAUGAGUUACAAUACUGUUGUCUGAAUAAAAUAUGACCAGGGAUCAUGGCCAUUGUGUGGUUGGCCUAUUCAUACUCCAUAUCACUUCUCUUGGUGCUCCUUCUGCUUGCGAGGAAGUUGAAUUGCGAUACUCAUCAUCUUGUCGAAGUGAGUUCUCCGGCAGGGCUUUGAGUUAGGAUGCAAUGAACUUGGGAGGGCACACAGUGAACAAAACAACAGUGGGUCAAGUUUAGUGAAUUUUGUGAGUAUAAUUAUGUUAUUUAAAGUCUUCAUGGAAGAGAGGGAGAGGGUCUGGUAUUUUUCCAUACUCUGAUGUUGUCGCUGCGAAGAUGCUCUGAGUCACCCGGAUCACAUUGAUGUCGGUAAAUAACUAUCCCUUGACUACAGUAAUUGCAUCUCUUGAGGAAUCAUUCAAUGUGUGAUACCUACUACCUACAGAGAAAAUGCAACAUAGGAAGACUCCCGGAAGCUGUGAAAUGUUAUUUUUUAAUCUUCCUCCAGCACCACUCUGGGCUCAGGCAACACCUGGAGUAAUUGGUAUCAAUUAGGCCCAGACCAGACGUGACUAUUGGCUAAUGAAGGAAGUGUUUGGUGAAGUGGAAAAGCAGUUUGUCCAGAUAUAGUUCCGCUCAGUGUAGUGGAAGUUAACAGAGGAGGAGGCCCUUUCCUCUCCAAGAUUGAGGAGGAGAACAGGGCCUCUUGGCAGAUGCUCCAUCCCGUCCAUUAUAGUUUGGGCCCACAGCAGCUCAACCAUAUGAUUAGCUAAUAGUAGCUAACCCAGCUCUGUGAAAUGACUUGGGUUUGGAGUAUACUGUAAUUUCCUGACUGACUGAGAUGUUUGUUUGUGUGGCCUUGCGUUGAUUGGGAGAACGUUAGAAAAUGAGGUGAUACAGAAAUGUUAGAAUUACACUUUAGAUUGAGAAGCAGAUUCAGAUGGGGUCAUGAUCACAUGUGAAUUUAGAGGUAAAUGACACCUAGAAACCAAAAGAGAAACAUCCUCACAUGACAAGUGGUUGAUUUUGUAGUAUCUCUGUAAUAACCCCAGAUAGAUGUAUCUGGACUGCAGAGACCCAGCAAUAGAAAUGUGUUGAUAAGAGUGGAUUGACUCUGGUUGCCAUUUUUCUCUUCUCUGUUCCCAUCACAUUGCAUUUUUCAUUCUGUAUUCUUGCUGUGAACCUGGUUUAGAUUUGUACUGUUUGAUUGUUUUGUUAGUGAUUUAUCGAAUUCACUUACGUACAUGUUAGAAAAGAUUACAGUGAAUUUAUGCUGACUGACUUGUGUAUGCAUUUUAAUAUAUCUAUGGUGAACUCCUCUCAGACAAUGUAGACGUUUCAUGUCAUUUUCUUAUUUAUUUUUAAAAAAUAUUGUAGACAAGGCUUUUAUCCAUUAAUCCAAUGAUAUUCCUGGAAUGUAAAGUCUACAGGCAAGAGGGUUGUAUAUAUUGUAUGUACCCAGAGAUCAAAACAGCCACAUUGGUUAUUAUGGGCAUGGCUAAUGACAGUAAUGGAUGUAUUUUCCUUUCGUUAUAAUACCAUUUUCAUGUUAGAUUCAAACAAGGAGCAUUGUAUGAACCACCACACUGAUGCAGUCUGUCGGAUACUUACCACUGGUGGUCUCUAACUUUGGAAGUCAUUACAACUGACAUGGGAGAAUGAUUUAUCAUUAUAUAAUAAACUGCAUUUGCUUCACUGUGGUUUCUCUGUGCAGAAAAAGAUGUUUCCAUACCACAAAUACAUAAUUCAAACUUUCAAAGUGGACCCAAAUUGCAAAUUGUAGACCCAUCAGUAUGAAUAAAGAUACUGUAAGUUUGUAUUUAUGUCAUUUGUGUUACUGCAUGUGUACGACUAUAAGACGAUAACCAGUAUGUCUCCAUCCUAAUUGUGAUUUGUGAUUGACAGGGAGUCUUACACCCGUGGAGGAUGGUGGCGAUGGAAGUUCCGUAACGUCCUGCCAGUUGCCCUGCUGUUGAUGUCCCUGCAAAGACAAGGUACACACUGAUUAUACUAUUGGCAUCGCUUGUGUUUUCUUAUGUUUUGAAUAGUAUGCAUCCUGAAAUAAAAAAGACAAAUGGAUAUUGAUUUAUGAUUGUUUCAUUAUGAUUGUUAUACUGUAUACCAUUGCUUUCUCUCAACAUUGUCCUCCUUUCAUUCUGUCUUUUUUUCUGUUUCAAUGAUUGUGCUUUUUGCGCUUCUGCUUUCUUUUCUUUUAGUUUUUUGUUAGUUUUUUGUUUUAUUAUUUUACUCCUUUUUCUCCCCAAUUUAUCCAAUUGGUAGUUACAGUCUUGUCCCAUCGCUGCAACUCCCGUACAGACUCGGGAGAGGCGAAGGUCGAGAGCCGUGCGUCCUCCGAAACACCACCCAGCCGAGCCGCAUUGCAUCUUGACACAAUGCCCGCUUAACCUGGAAGCCAGCCGCACCAAUGUGUCGGAGGAAACACCGUACACCUGGUGACCGUGUCAGCGUGCACUGCGCCCGGCCCACCACAGGAGUCGCUAGUGCGCGAUGGGACAAGAAUAUCCCUGCCGGCCAAACCCUCCCCUAACCUGGACGAUGCUGGGCCAAUUGGCGCUUCUGCUUUCUCAUGUUCAUUGCUUCGGUUAACACUAGCACUCUUUGUUUUACAUAUGCACCUUCAGAAUGACUGGACAUCGAAAGGCAAUUGUUAUCCACAGUACAGUAGUUUGGUAUCAGUAGCUAUCAGUAGGUCUAUUUGAAAAAUCUGUAGCAAGUCAAACUAUGCACUGGGCAGAAACAUUGGUGUUACCUUUAUUAAUCCGGUCAUUGGUGAUAACUGAUAUACGAGUACUGUUGAUUCCAUGAAAGCACAAGACAAACAGUCUUGAUAUCUAAAGUAAUGAUGUCUUACAGUACAUGACAAAUAUGGGCAGUUAAGUCUUGGAUAAAUACAUAUGGCAGUACCAGUGAUGGAUAAAUGCAGUCAGUAUGCAGUAUUGGAUAGUGUCACACAGCGAUGACAAGACACUUUAUAUUUACCACCACCAGGUAAUCCCGAAAGGGGAUUUAAAUAUGUGUUUCAUUACACUAACAGACUGAAACAGGGUGAAUGUUUCCCAAAUUACAAAUAAAAAUGUUUUAUGAUUUUGCUUUAGUGCGUAUUCAUUUUGUCACAUGUGAUGUUUGACAGCAAAAACAAACACACGUGACAAAAUAUAAUUUCGCCCGAGGGUGCCGUUGGACUAUCUGCUAAGAGUCUUUAGGCUCAGCAUGUGUGUAGGUCUAGGCUAAUGUGUUUGCCACAUGAGCUAGGCCUGUUGAAGCCAGAAAAAGGCCUCCACUCUGGUCCAGUUCAGGCUUUAUAAAGCUCACACCACUUCUCUCACCUAGGAGUUAAAACAUUGUUUUCCUGCACGUUGUAAGUCUGACUGACUGUUGUAUUUUAUGCAGUUAUGUUUGUUCUGUAGGUUUAAAAAACCAGUCAUAGUCUUUUUUGUAAUUGUUACAUGUCAUAGCUGGCUGUGUUGGUUGGCAUUGGCAGGCAGACCUGAAGCAGAAACAUUUAUAGUUCUGGCUGCUGUUCAGAUAAGGCUUGGAUCAUAGGAGAUUCAGUGCCGGGAAACAGUGCAUUUUUAAGUGUGUUUGGUGCCAGAGAGAGAAUCAACAGAGUAAUCUCACUCUCGCAAACAAUUAUUGUCAUAAAAUGCUGCCCCAUUUUGACUAUUAAAUAUAUACCAUCUUAUCACAAGAAACAGAGCAGAAAGAUAUAUACUCAGAAAAAAAGAAUAUAAGAUUGAAGAUACAAGGGAAAUGUCAAUAGAGUUCCUUUAUUAAGUAGGACAUCAACAGAGGAAUUUUGACACAGACAUGUCAACAGUUUAUGAUUACAUCCACAUGGGUAUCUGGCACCACAGGGCAGAGAACUCCCAUUUCUGAUAGGACGCUUCAUACAACCACAAAUGAACACAACGUCAACUUUCCCCCCAUCAAUUGUCAUUCCACAAAAUAUGAUCUACGCUUUGUUAAAGUUUUGACAUUGUCAUAACAUGCGUGGGUGUGUUCCUAGUGUUGAGCCAUGGUCUCAGCAGACCUUUGAAACCAAAUUAAAAUUGGCAGAGCUGUUCCGUGCUCCGCCAUGUUACAGCAGCACAACUCCUGUGUGUUAAGAAGAUUGGGUCAUAUGCGAUUAAACUGCCUCCCCUCCUCAGCUAUCCCCUGAAUGACGCACUCAAUUAGCCCUCUCGUGAAAGACAGGGGCGGGACAGAUACCAGCUGAGAUACAUGCAGCCCAGGUGUGCUGCCAGGUGACCAGGAGGGGGCUGCUUGAAAGCUGCCGAGUAAUCUGGAGGAUUAAACUUUCCUCAGAAGUCCUCUAUCUGAAAGAGUCUAUUUUUAGGCAGUGGGAGUAUCAGUGAAUGUUUGAGCCCAUCUCUACCCGUCUCUGCGUAUCUGGCAUUCCAUCCCUUGGCACCAUCCCACUGCAGCCUGCCCUGCCGCCUCUCAAAGGAGCUUUCUGAUCAAACCCUGUUUUUUAGGCACUCUCUUCACUGACCUUCAUCGCCCUUCACAUUUCAGUCAUGCUGCAGCAACACCACCAUACGAAUUUCAUUACAGGUCAGCGUCUUCAGGUUUAUACAGUAACAAUGGGGUUUUGUGUUCUUAUGUUAAUGUCUCAUUAAGAUUGGAAUGCUUUUAAUCAUGGUAAAUUCAGAUUCCCAUCUCUUUAACAGUUAAAUGUAUACAAAUGCUAUUUUUCAAUUCUGUACUGUACACAAUCACUUUUUGAAACCCGCAAUUAUUGAACACAUUGCCAGUUAGAAAGGAAAUGCUUGAAAUAUUGAAAAACAAAGAUGCCUUUUUUAUUUAACAUAAAAUUACUUUCCAGGAGUUGCUGCUCAUGAUGUGCUGAAGCCAGCUAUAGUUGACUCUCACAUUGGCAGCAAUUAAUUGUAGUAAUUAUAUUUGUUGACUUGCUUCAUAAACGGCAUUAACUGAGCAAGAGAUACUUCGAUGUGGGUCUAAAUGUGUAUGUGUGUGUGUGUGUGUGUGGGUGUGUGAGUCCUCUGGGCCAUGUGAGUACACAGGGGUCUGGUUAUGCCCUCGGCAGCGGUCAGGGCUCAGUGUGUCUCAGAGGGAUGUGAACAGGGACAUACAAACUGAGCAAACAUCAUUUGGCAUGUAGUUUUUCCUCUUGCGCACCACACACACCACACCAGUGGCUGACAGCAUCACACACACACUCACACACACACCAAAAACAGACCCAGUCCAGUUGUCAAACGUUGAUCUCAUUACUUGUUUAUUCAACUCCUGAGCGUGAAGGGAGUUCGUUCAUGCUGUUGUUUUUUCUCUGGAACCUGCCAAAUGUUAUGAAAUUGCCACCAUUUUGUUGGGAGGGAUUCUAGUUGACUCAACUUAAUUAUAACCACAGCAGCACAACCACAGUUCUGUUGGUAUGCUUGUUGUCUCUGUUGUAUAAUGUUCUGAGGCAUCACCCUUGUUGUUGUUUAAUGUAUCUUCUUUUUAAUGUGGAAGUAAAACAGGGAUGGUUCCUCGGGACUUCCUGUCACACUCUCCAACAUGUGUUCACAUUUUCAAUAACAUGACUUAAUUACAUGGCGUGUCUGUUUUGCAUUAGGUCAGUUAAAGCCUUAUAAUUCAUGUUCAGGGUCUAUUCUCAUAACAUGGAAAAAGGGAGAAAAAAACAUGUUCAAAGCAGAGUGGAUCCAGGUAAUUCAUUUUAUGGCAAACCACUGUGUUAGAACUCGCUAUUGGUUGCAGAAUCAGGAAAGAUUCAAACUUGCCAACGUGCUAAGUGGUACAUUUAGGAGCGAUGGGUAAUAAAAACAAAUAACCUUUAUUCUUUGCAGUUGUGCUCGUUCCAAGACCGUCCAAAAUCAGUAUUUUAAUGUUGACACUUAUUACUUUUCUAAUUCAGUUGUAUUUUAAUCGUAUUCAAGUGCUGGCAUGACGUAGAAAUAUAUCAAACUGAUACUGCAUGUCAAAUGUUUUAUUAAAGUGGUAUGAUUCUCAGGGGUCAGUGUCCUAUUACAUAGAAAUGUAGGGAUCCAAAUAAAUAUAACCUAAAGUGUAGCUAGAUUCUGAGGCCAAUUGUUUUGUGCAAUUGGAACCACAGAAAAUACCAACGCCUACAUUCUGAGAGUAAAUUUGCUAGGAUAAAUCAUUAAUAAUUGUUGGAUUAAAUACCUGUGGGACUUAUCUCCAUUAGUUAAGACCAACAAUUUCAUAGCACUUACAAAUAUGAAUAAAUAAUGAAUACUUGUCAUCAUGACAAUGGUGUUCACUAAACAGUUACCUACAAACAUGGAUCACACUUUUGUUAUGGCAAGUACGUAAAAAAUACUGUUUCUCCUUAGAUCAAUCUAGAAACCGUUUUGCGAACCCGACCACAACUCCUGAGCUCACAAAUGCGCGCCAUUGUAACCUUAAUUCCCUUUUUACAUGUCUCCUAUCGAUGGUUAUCACAGUCAUCAUUUGCAUUGGUGUUACUUCCUCACCAGUGUUUGUACAGAGCCUCUCACUGUCCCUUUGUAGUAGUUUGUGUCAUUGUAAAAUCAUAUCACAUCACAACACCCAAUGUCCUCCAUCGUAUUUCUCUAUGUUUGGACAUAGUCACUAGCGAUUCUAACUGGUUAAAAGAAGAUACCCAGCCACUUUAUUACACCACUACUCUUAGAUUUGACCACGUGUUGCCCUGGGGGUGUAGAAAUGUUCCCUGUGUUUUUUUAUGGGACUGUGCCCAGGGCUAUGACCCUGAUGAAUCAUAGAGGCAAAUGAGAGGGGCUCUCGCUCGCUCUGCGUUUCAUCCUCCACUCAGACACUCCUAAUGAAACCAGUGCACAGCGCCAGUAUGCCACGCUCAAUUAUGUCUAGGCCAUUAAUUGGACUGUUUGGUAAUCCCUCACAUCCAUAAGAGUAUAAUAGCUUUCACUUGAAGCACUAUAAUUGUAUCAAUCUAUGUUUAUUUUGUAUAUAUGUGUGGCUGUUAUUUAAUAUCAUUUGUUUAUUUUCAAUGGAUAAAAAAAAAAGACAAGUGGAUAAUGUGUACAGUUAGCUUCAUAUUUAGAUGACAGGUGGAUGUGGGAUAUAGAAGACAGUGAUGUUAAUGUAGUAUGAGAUGCCUCAGUAAGGACAUUCCCCAAAGGUAACUCUAGACACUCUCUUUCAAUAGGUUUAUUAUAUCAAAAGGUGGGAUAUUUGGAUAGUUGACCUUUAAAGGUGCAAGGUUCUAAAGAAAGCAAGGAAACAUUUUACAUGUUACAAUGCAUAUCUUGUUCAAUAUAUUUUUCCAGUUCUGUGAAGAGUGUUGUGUAUUAAUGCUGAUACCCCCUGUUAGUUGCCCAUAGCUAGUCUGCCAUGAUUAUCUAUCAUGUGAUAUGUAUGAGAACGCUUGAGACGUUGCUGGCAGUAAUAUUUUUUUUCUUUGACUAGGCCUCACAUAUUAGGAGGUGUUUUUAGACAAAGGAACAGCCACUCUAAGUUGUAAUUCGGUCAGCCUGAGUGAGUGGAUUUAGUUUUUAGGGCCCUCUUGACCCUCUCAGCUGAGAAGAGGGCACAUGUUGGCAGGUAUAACAGUACCACAGGAGGACCAGGCUGUAAUCUGACCCAGCAUCAGCCAUCUAUUGUGGGGUGCAUAACACUUCUAAUGAGUCGAUUUUCUGAAGCAAGGACAACUCUGGCCUGGAAUCAGGCGAUAAACAAAAAUGUGUGGUUUUGGUAGGAAUUGUUUCCAGUAAUUGGAGAUUUUGCUCUUACUGUUAUAGAGAAUUCCCUCGACCCUCUCCAAGGGUAGAAUUCUCUGGAUUGUUGCCGUCCAGGUUUCCUGAUCCCUGAUUUGAUUCAGUUUGUAGAGAAAUGACACUGCAAAGGUAGCAUUGUUCCUGCCUGUAAGCCAUCAGGCACCAGGAUCAGAGAGCUAGGAGAGUAAAUGAGAACACCCAACAUAACAACUGCUGAUUUCCAUUGUAUAGGUUUUGUCCGGGGUUUGGCUUUUGAUGUGUUAUCCAAAUUUUACUGACAUUUCAUAGAGAAAGACUUACAGUUACAGAAGAUUUACUGUUGCUCACAAUCAAGUUCGGAAGUUGGAUCAAGAAGCUUAUGGAGAAGAGACAAAAACGAUUACUGGCCAUAUUGAGAUUGCAGAAUUUAAUUCUGUCUUAUUACAGUUCUAGAAGACUGUAUUUCAUAACCGAGUUAAAUGACUGUUAACAGUUCUGAAAGAGAUCCUGUCAUUAUGAAGCCUUUGUGUUUUCUGACUGUACUACUUGUUUUAGUUGAGCUUAUGUUUAGAUGUCUGCAGACCGCUCAAAUUUUUAUUCACAUUUAAUGUUUGUUUAUGCUAAAUAGAAUAGGUGGUAUUGUACUUUGUGUUGGAUGCCGAUCAAGAACGCCACCAGCUUUAAUUGCUCCACAGUGAGAUUUUGCUCUUGAAUGUUUCUGCCCCACUCCAAUGUUUGCUAUGGUUUUGGCUCACAUAUUAGACUGGCCUGGGUAAACAGAAGUCAUUGUUUUCUGAGUGAAGAUUUCUUUCCAGCCCAUUAAACAUUUUCUCUGCGCAUAGUCUUCAGGUUACCUUUAAAUCAUAGCUCUGGUAUUUUAUAAUCUCAACAUACAUUUUUCAACUGCGUAUGUAGUAUGAGUGCCUUUUUCCACUGACUUGACUCUUUGCUACUGCUAAUCGAAAUCUCCUGUGAGUCUAAACCUGAGAUGGUCCCUGUUGUCUGACUCUGUCUACUAGUCCACUAACACAGUCUCUCUGACCUCUGACCUUAUUACCUGGCCUUGCACUGUUGCACUACUGACCUGACUCCUCCUCCACUGUCUUACCUGUCACCUGUCCUGUCCUGGUGUCCCCUGGUGUCUCCUGGUGUCUUCCUGUCCUCCCUGGUGCUGGGGUGUAGUAGUGACAACAUGUCCCUGUUUUGGUUCAGCAGUGUUGAGCUGUAGUAACUCCAACUGCGUUGUGGUGCUCACGGACUCCCAGGGUACAUUCACCUCCCCCUGCUACCCCCAAGAUUACCCCAAUAGUCAGUCCUGCAAGUGGACUCUGCAGGCUCCGGCUGGAUUCAUUGUGCAAAUAACCUUCCUCGACUUUGAGCUCGAGGAGGCCCUUGGGUGCAUCUACGACCGCGUCAUUGUCAACACCGGCAACCAAGAUGUGAAAUUUUGUGGCUUGACAGCCAACGGACUGAUGCUAAACUCCACCGGCAAUGUGAUGGAGAUAUCAUUUAACUCAGACUUUAGCGUCCAAAAGAAAGGAUUCAAUGUCAUGUACAGGCAAGGUAUGUUUUAAAGCAGGCAAGCUUUCUUUUCUGUUUACUUACUUCUGUUUUUACAGGUAUAUUUUUAUGAUUAUCAUGAUUGUUAUGUUUAUUAUGAUUAUUAGGAUUCUUCUAAUGUUUGUAGUUUGAAUGUUUUUACAUUACAUUUUCUUCUUUAGUUUGAACAUGCUUAUUUAGAUGUUAAUGUUUAGCCAUGCCUUAUGACAGUAAGCUUCAUGGUAUUUCUAAGUACUUCCCAUAAGAAACAUUACGCAAGCAUCAAACAUCUCCGCCCUUAUACUAACCAAUCAACAACUUGGCUCAGGACAAACAUGUCUAUGCUAAAUUUAAAAAGUAGACUUUUUAUUUAUUUUUUGACACAAUGCAGUGCUUCUCCAUUCAAAAAUAUUCAGUUCCCUUUUCUCGAAUAGAAAGGACCCUAAUAAGCACAGGCGACUUCAAACAAAAUUACGUUUUGAAUUCUCAAUAGUAGUCAGAGAAACCAAUGACAGGGUAAGUGAAUGAUUUACGAUAACAUUGAGUUUUAUAGUGUUUAGCCUGUUCAGUUUAUAGAAUCCUAGUCCCAGCCUUUAUCUAGGCACCAUAAACCCUCCACAUCAAAGAGGGACAGUACAUGUAAUCACACAUAGCUCCACCACCCAUUAUCCCUUCACAGGGCCUAAUCAACCAAAAUCACUUCCAGCAUGAAUAGAACCUCUGAUUCACAAUGAGUCCAAGUAUGAAUGAAGUGUCAGGGAAUGGUACCAUAGCUUUCCAACGCCUUCACAUUAUUAAAUAACAUUUUCACAAACUUUUACUGUGAGAGACCACAGGACAAAAAACUUCAGCCAGCCAUGUUGGAACAUGGUAUGCUUUGCAUUAUGCAAGCAAUCUUGCUGUGAAACACCAGGGAGGCCAAGGAAAACCGGCUUUGGGAGGUUUCCACAAUGCUUGGUUCUGGUUGGCUCCUUUGCCGUCGCUAUGCGUUGACUAUCAAUUUAAAGCAUGGACGUUAGAUGAGCUAAAUUGAGUUAGAUGAAUUAGAUUGAAUCAUUUAUACAGUGCAUCACAUGAGCCUUUAUUCUCCCACACCCAUCAGUUGGGGUCUAAGCUCCUAUUGGAUUUGGGCUCUGUGGUGGUAUCCCAACCGGCAGGCAAACCUAUUGAACUUGGCUUUCAACCUGUUGGCAGCCCAAUGUCCUGCCUGGAGCCCUGGAAUCAUAUGACGUUGUCACAGUAAGCCCUGGUCUUUCCGUACGGCUCGCAAAGCAGAUCGGAGAUCAACAACACAAACAGAGCCCUGCAGGACCUAUCAAAAAGGGCCUCUCAGCUUUGUCAAAUCCUGAUACCACAUUCAAAGCUGAGCUGUGUUUUUCCAUUCCAAAUUGGCUGUCACUCUGGCAAUGGGAUGGCCAACAGCAACAAACCCGCCAACCAAAUCUGAGCUUCAUUAAACGAAAUGUCAGAAAGUAUGGCAUGAGCAUAUGUACAUUUAAAAAGGAACAGAAAACCCCUUUUCCUGCUGAAAAGCCUCAUUGACUGGUGGGAAUGUGGAAAUGGAGUGCUGGUUGACAUUUAAUCUUAGUGAUAAGAGGUAGGCCUGAGAUGUUAGAAGCUGAGGUCCCUGCCUAACUGGCACUGUUCAUCCUCUGGGCUGUGGAACACUGUCUGCAGUAAUAUAAUGAUGAUGUGGAAACGGUGUCUCAUUAGAUGCAAAUAGUGAAUAACGACAGACAAUAGGAGAGUGACACAUGAGGAAUUUUCAACCUGUAGCCCCUGGAUUCACACAGCAUGAUCCAAUUGAUCGAUUUACUUAAAAAUGAAUUGGCCUUUCAGCAUUCAUUUUGAAUGCUGAAAGGAUAAUUUAUUUUUAAGUCAAUGAGAGUAUGACUGUAUAGCAGUAAUGGCAAGUAAGUGGUGUGUUUACCCAGACAUACUGUAUGUUAUUGGUCGCAUCGGGCUUUAGACACGAUGUUCUGUGUAGUUUUUUAGAGCCCCUGGUUCUACUGAACAUCUGACAGUCAUCUAAUGCAGUGGUUCCCAACUCCAAUCCAGGAGACCCACAGUGCUGGUCUUUGUUCCAGCCCAGCACUAACACUGAUUCAACUGAUCAAAGGCUUAAUGAUUAGUUGAUGACUUGAUUGGUUGAAUCAGGUGGUUGUGGGUUCUUAGGCCUGGAGUUUAACAACACUUUGUCCUCUAAUGCUCUUCUUUCUACUUGUGUGCUGUAGUUGCCGUGGCACUGAGGAACCAGAAGGUCGCAGUGUCCAACAGCGCAAGCAAAGUGGUCCAAGUCUCCAACUCUGUGACCAUACCGACCCUUCAGCAGUUCACUGUGUGCUUCGAGAUAGCCCGGCCCAGCCAAAAGAGCAAGGAGACCAUCUUCUCUUACACCCGGCAAGAGGACAUCAGCGGUGUAGAAGCCCUCAGCUUCGGAAAUGACCAGAAUGGAAUGGCGCUGGUCAUGAGUAACGAGACAUGUCUGAUAGACUCUAUCCUCAACACCUCGGACUUCACUUCCACCAUGAAGCCAUUCUGUCUCACUUGGGCCUCCACCACAGGCAAAGUUACCAUCUACUACAACAGCAACUAUAGGGCAAAGACCUGCUCCAACACGAUUGGGCACUCGGUGGGGGCUGGGGGGCACUUCAGGCUGGGGUCCCAUAGCAGCUUCGAUGGGACCAUCUAUAACUUCCGCCUGUGGGAUUACGCCAUGGGCAUGACACAGCUGGUCGCCCUCACGUGUGACGCCGUCGGCAACGUCAUUGACUGGGACAACAGCUUCUGGGACAUCCCCUCUUCGCUGGCACAGACGGACAGCACACUGAGCUGCAGUAAGUAUCCCAAUAUAGUCAUCCUCAACAGACUAGUCUAUUGUAUUUAUGAUUACUGAUUUCCAGUCAGCAGAACUUAUGAUAAUAAUAAUGAUUAUUCAAAAGAGUUUGACUGACAGUAGUCGUUAUAUUGUUAUUGGGACAAUUUCAUGGUUUAUUAGUAACAGUUCAUGCAAUAUUAUUCUAAGUUAUAUAGUAGUUAUGAGAGAGCCGAAAAUGGCAUAAAAAUCCUUAGUAACUCAAACAGUCCAAGGUUAUCCAAACUGCUUAGGGAGAUGAAAGCAGCAGGACAAAGAUAUGCUCUAUGUCUCUAAUAAUGAUAGUUUUAGGAAUCUGUUUGUAGCGAUAGGAGCGUAGCCACAGCGAAGGAGCCAGGGGUGUCGGGAUAUGUCUGCCCGACUGCCCGGUGCCCACUAGAAAAUGGUGCUGUGUGUGGUUUAGCUGGGGAAAUCAUGCAUUUCUCCAACCCAUUAUGAGGCUCACAGAACACACACACAAAGGCCCCAUGGCUGAGGAAACUAUUCCUAAAACACUAUCUGCUCUGCCACAGCUUGGGCCUGAGAGCCUGUGAAAGAGAGGGGUGUUCAGAGGACUUUUAAGACCAAAUGGUAGGAGUUCCCUUCCCAGCACUAAGCUCUCCCUUUCACAAAGGUGCACAGAGAAAGAUGCCUGUCUCUCUGAACAUUAGCUCGCUCUGUGUUAGUCUUGGAACUGCUCAUGGGUGUGGAUGAUCUGGAACAACCAACUCCCCUUGGGUACUCUUUGAGUUUACAUCUCUGCUGCUGCUCCAGUUGAAAGUCAUACAUACCAGAUGUUAAAACCGAUAGUCUAGUUCUACUAUACUCUACACUAUUUAGAGGAGUAGGGUAAACAAUAUAUUGUUGUUAGGGCUGUGACGGUCAUGGAAUUUUGGAUAAUGGUAAUUUGCCAGCCAAAUGACUGCUGUCACCAUAAUAACCGUUUGAAUAGCAAAAUAAUAAAUACUGUAAAGAAAAACAAAAAAUCCUCUCCUCUGCUCUUGACUGCAUGUGCCGCCAUAGAAAUAUAAUUCCCAUUUGAGUCAAUGAUGACAUAAUGGGUGGACUGGUGCCCAUCCCGAGUGUACCCAUAGGAGCAAAGCAGGAAGUAAAAGCAGGAAGUGUACCCAUCAUGUGUGCUGUGAUUUGUUGAUUCAACUCAACUGACAUUACAGAAAAUACAUUCCAUUGCAUGAGCCACAUCAGUUAACAUCAUUUGAAUGAACAUUCUACAUUUCAGCAAGGAGCAACAAAGUUACAUCAAAGAUUAUCUAUUAUAUUGACAAGAUAGCCGAAUGACCACUCUAAAAAUGGAAAUACAUGCCCUCCAUGAUUUAAUGCAGGCGAGAUCAGCUGGGACCAUUCUAGCCAAUGAGAGGACAGAUACGCAUGUGAACAACAGGCACAAUUAAGUCAUUUUUCUCAAAGUUGCCAGAAUGCCACGUGCAUCCACUUACAGUAUAUCAGUACAUUAACAGCCUAAACAUUAUUAAACUUAUAUUCAAUCAAAUAAGCCUCAAGUAAGUCAUAGACCUCCAUACAAAAAAGGGCUUAUCUCACACAGACAGAUUUUGAGCAGAGUAAAUCCUCUCGCUUUGCCUCUUCCUCUCUGGUUUCAUCAAGUUCUUAAGAGUCCAUGUUACCGCAGAAACGGACUCAACCGCACUAUUGCCCUGCCGCCUGCCUUCAGUCAGCUGUUCAUUCCACAAAAAAUUACAAAAUAAACAGUUAUGACGGUUAUUUAUUUUCAUGGCAGUCUUUAUUCAUAACCGUCGGUUACACGGUUAUACGGUAAUUGUGCCAGCCCUAACUGUUGUUUGAGUAUAUCACCUCUAUAGUAGUGGACUAAACUCCACUCCAUGGUGAAGAAAGUUUCUGAUGAACUCCCACCAACGGCAUGGAGGCAAGACCAGGCUUUGUGGAAUCUAGCUCCAACUACAUCAAUUCGCCCAAGGUCAAUACUUCAAAAGAUGUCAAUUAUGAAAUGCCCACUUUGUACCUAUGUUUGUCCUCUGUAGUUGCAUGCCUUUCUUUGUUUGCUGAAAUCCCCAAUUUUUCAAUAAACAUUAAUCAAAUACAGCCACCGACUGUUUGCUCAUUGCUGUUGCUCUAAGAUGGCAACUCAGCGCAAAAACGCAUGUGCCAAUUGAAUCUCAUCAAGGAAACUGUUGCAUCCCCGGUUGAGGCCUCCUGUAGCUCAGUUGGUAGAGCAUGGUGCUUGCAACGCCAGGGUUGUGGGUUCGAUUCCCACGGGGGGCCAGUAUGAAAAAUGUAUGCACUCACUAACUGUAAGUCGCUCUGGAUAAGAGCGUCUGCUAAAUUACUAAAAUGUAAAAUGUAAAGGAAGCAGGUUAUUUUUAGUUCUUGCAAAGAGAAACUCGACAGUAUAAAGCAUUAAUAUCACAAAGACUGUUUAUUUCCAACAUGACAGCGGAUACGGCAUACUAAGUAGCCUGUUCCAAGCUGAGUCCAUCUGCACCCGCUCUAAGGUAGCACACUUGAAUAUGCUGGCCAACAACCAAUGAGGGCCUGCCAAGUAAGCUAUGCGCAUCCAAUCAGAUACAUAUUUCCAAUAUCAUGCACUGAACAUGUGCAUACCAUUUUAACCAGAUGUGCAUAAUAACAUGCUGCUUAUCUCUCAAAUACUACAGAAGCAGUCGUGGUUGUAUUUGAUUAACAUUUAUUGAAAAGGUAUGGAUUUCAGCAAACAAAGAAAGGGACGCAACUACAGAGGACAAACAUAGGUACAUAGUAAGAAUGCCAUCAUUUACAUUUUGUAUUGUAAGUAUUGACCUUAGGCGAAUCAAUGUAGUCGGAGCUGAGUCUCUGCUCCACGCAGUUGGUGGAGUUCAUCAGAAACUUUCUUCACCAUGGAGUGGAGUUUAGUCCUUGUGUCCUUGUUUAUCUUUACAUAAACACCUCCAUGUUUCAUUGUGGUCCAUUAGAUUAUUAAACAUGUAUUAACUUAUUAAUUAGUAAAUAAAUGCUUUGCUUUGCCUACAUGAGUUUGUUUACAUGUCACUGGCUGAUGCAGCUUCUGCUUAAUAAUUGCCUGUGCCUGAUUAAUAUGAUACAUACUAAUGUCAAGUCUUCUCUUUACAGUCUGUUUCCCACUUUGCAUACACUUAACAACAGCUGCUCCAUCUAGUGGUGAGUGUGCUGCUAACAACCUGAUUGCUUUGUGAAAUUCGCUUGCUUGAGUACCAUGCAAGAUGAUGCAUGUGAAAUACAGUGUUAACCACUAUAAAGUGUAGACUUUAUGGUUCCAGGAAACAGAGAGUUGCAUUAUGGAUUAACUUUUUACCAAGCCUCUGGACGUUAUAUGCCAAUGAUAAAUUAUAAGUUUGAUUAAUCUACAGUCAAUAUGCCAAAUCUAUACACAAAUAGAAUAUUAUUAGUCUUGUGUCAUACAUACAAGACCAACCAGGUAAAGUUAUGUUAUUUUUCUGCUCGCAGACUUUGUGUCGUGACAUAACGAGGCGCUGCAUGACGCAAGUCGACCAGCAGUGGUACUCUUGCUAAUUGUCUGUCCGUCCUUGCUUUGAAUAACAUCAAUGUACUGUAUCUGCCUGCCUCGUCUUUCCAGGGCUUCUCAUGCAGGAAGAACAUUUACUUUUUACAAGACCAGACAAUGACUUCUUAGGAACUAACAUGUAACAACCCCCCUGUACAGUCGUGGUCAAAAGUUUUGAGAAUGAAACAAAUACUAAUUUUCACAAAGUCUGCUGCCUCAGUUUUGAUGAUGGCAAUUUGCAUAUACUCCAGAAUGUCAUGAAGAGUGAUCAGAUGAAUUGCAAUUAAUUGCAAAGUCCCUCUUUGCCAUGAAAAUGAACUUAAUCCCCAAAAAACAUUUCCACUGCAUUUCAGCCCUGCCACAAAAGAACCAGCUGCCAUCAUGACAGUGAUUCUCUCGUUAACACAGGUGAGAGUGUUGACGAGGACAAGGCUGGAAAUCACUCUGUCAUGCUGAUUGAGUUAGAAUAACAGACUGGAAGCUUUAAAAGGAGGGUGGUACUUGAAAUCAUUGUUCUUCCUCUGUUAACCAUGGUUACCUGCAAGGAAACACGUGCCGUCAUCAUUGCUUUGCACAAAAAGGGCUUCACAGGCAAGGAUAUUGCUGCUAGUAAGAUUGCACCUAAAUCAACCAUUUAUCGGAUCAUCAAGAACUUCAAGGAGAGAGGUUCAAUUGUUGUGAAGAAGGCUUCAGGGCGCCCAAGAAUGUCCAGCAAGCGCCAGGACCGUCUCCUAAAGUUGAUUCAGCUGCGGGAUCGGGGCAAUACCAGUGCAGAGCUUGCUCAGGAAUGGCAGCAGGCAGGUGUGAGUGCAUCUGUCUGCACUCACAGGCGAAUACUUUUGGAGGAUGGCCUGGUGUCAAGAAGGGCAGCAAAGAAGCCACUUCUCUCCAGGAAAAACAUCAGGGACAGACUGAUAUUCUGCAAAAGGUACAGGGAUUGGACUGCUGAGGACUGGGGUAAAGUCAUUUUCUCUGAUGAAUCCCCUUUUCGAUUGUUUGGGGCAUCCGGAAAAUACCUUGUCCGGAGAAGACAAGGUGAGCGCUACCAUCGGUCCUGUGUCAUGCCAUUCAUUCAUGUGUGGGGUUGCUUCUCAGCCAAGGGAGUGGGCUCACUCACAAUUUUGCCUAAGAACACAGCCAUGAAUAAAGAAUGGUACCAACACAUCCUCCGAGAGCAACUUCUCCCAACCAUCCAAGAACAGUUUGGUGACGACCAAUGCCUUUUCCAGCAUGAUGGAGCACCUUGCCAUAAGGCAAAAGUGAUAACUAAGUGGCUCGGAGAACAAAACAUCAACGUUUUGGGUCCAUGGCCAAGAAACUCCCCAGACCUUAAUCCCAUUGAGAACUUGUGGUCGAUCCUCAAGAGGCGGGUGGACAAACAAAACCCCACAAAUUCUGACAAACUCCAAGCAUUGAUUAUGCAAGAAUGGGCUGCCAUCAGUCAGGAUGUGGCCCAGAAGUUAAUUGACAGCAUGCCAGGGCAGAUUGCAGAGGUCUUGAAAAAGAAGGGUCAACACUACAAAUAUUGACUCUUUGCAUAAACGUAAUAUAAUUGUCAAUAGAAACCUUUGACAUUUAUGGAAUGCUUGUAAUUAUACUUCAGUAUACCAUAGUAACAUGCUUCAGUGUUAUCUCAUAACACUGAAGCAGCGAACUUUGUGAAGACCAAUACUUGUGUCAUUCUCAAAACCUUUGACCACGACUGUACACUGUGAAACACAGCCGAGGCCUAUAAUGUUGGCAGGAGGCUAAGGGGCCCAAACCUUAAGUUUAGGUAGUGUGGUUGGCCAGUGGUGUGGCACGCGAAGCUGUAGCUGUAGUCUACCUGGGGUAAACUAGCUCUGGGCUAAUUAUCAGGCUUGUGAAGAGGACUGGCCCAAUGAAGCCCUUUGGGCCUCCUUUCAUCUCUGUGUGAGGUCAGUGGGGGAGUGACUGUCUGCAUGGCUACACUCUGUCAGAGAUCCAUGACCCACUGAGUCUUCACAUUCCUCACAGUCCUGGCCCAGGCACGAUGGGGUAGUUUAGUCUUGUGGGUCUACUAGUUCAGAUAUAUGGAAUAGCACUAGCCAUUCAUCCACAUCACCUAAAUGCACAAUACCUUUUGGGUGGGUUAUGGGUACUGGCCUGGGAGUGACAAAAGAGAGUAGUUUCUUACGUUUCACUUCUAUGAUUAGAACUCAGCAGUGCAUGAGGUAAUAGUUGAAGACUGAAGACUGGAAUCCACGGUCCGCCAGAACAAUGGUUCACUGGACCAUAGGACAGUGACAAUAAUGACAACUCACCUCCACUAACUGAUAUUAAAGAUGUCCUUUCUCUCCUAUGACUCAUUACUUUUCAAUAUCAUAAUUAUUAGCCAUGUCCAUCGAGUGUUCUGCUCUGAGCACUUUCCUGUAUAACAGCAUUAGCAAAUAUGUGAGGGGGGCAAACAAAGCAGCAUUCAUCCCUGUAUCACAAAGUGCUGCAUAUUUUAUAUGACAGAGGAGGUGUUGGUGGUAGGACUGGGCACAGCUUCAGAACAGUGGGGAAAAGAUCAAACUCCCUGCCCUUUUCAACAAAAUCACAAGUAUUCAGGCUUAUGAAAUUCCAACAUUUAUUUGGCAGAUCAUCCUGAAUAUUUAUUGACAUUUCUGGGUCACAUACCAGCCUGAGAGCAUGUAGCUAGCUGAGCUGAGCAGGUGCUGGGAAUACUGUCAAUCCUGUUACAAUGAAGGUGCCUAAUACCCAGGGCCAAAGUCGUGCCAAAUUUUUAUUUUUCAUGAAUUUAUUAUGUGUGGGAUUGUACUGAAAUUAAUAUAAAACUGCAUAGAGUUGUUUGUGUUCUCUUUAACCACUCACCAUGGGAAAUGUUGUUGAUUAUGGUGAUUUAACAUGUUUAUUUCCAAUCCACUUUGAAGGUACCUCUGUACCUGUCUAUACAUCACAGACCACCAGCUGUGCCUCUCCUGGACUGGGCUGCCCAGGUAGGAAACCAACGACUGUUACACAUGUCAAUCAUUUACAACAGAUCGUACAAGGAUUAUCAAGCACCACACAAUCAUACACUAUCAUACUUAUUAAAUAUGAUUGCAUAUUUAAGCAAUAAGUGGGUGUGGUAUAUGGCCAAUAUACCACGGCUAAGGGCUGUUCAUAAGCAAGACACAAUGCGGAGUGCCUGGAUACAGCCCUUAGCCAUGGUAUAUUGGCCAUAUACCACAAACCCCCAGGGUGCCUUAUUUCUAUUAUAAACUGGUUACCAACGUAAUUAGAAGAGGAAAAAGUAAUGUUUUGUCAUACCCGGCUUUCAGCCAAUCAGCAUUCAGGGCUCGAAUCACCCAGUUUAUAAUGAUUAACAACCAACAGACAUACCAUUUUACCCAUCUCACCUCUAAUGUGUGUUUGUGUUAUCUCCCUGUUCUGUUUUAUUCAUCAUAUCUUCUUAGACAUAUUGACAUACAAUAGUAUAAAAUAAAUCCUUCUAGCCCCCCCUCCCCCACCCCCCCCAUUAAAUUUUUUUAAUUAAAUAAAUAAUAAAAAGGUGGUUGUCCCACUGGCUAUCAUAAGUUUAAUGCACCAAUUUGUAAGUCGCUCUGGAUAAGAGCGUCUGCUAAAUGACGUAAAAAUGUAAAUGUAGUAUGCCAACAUGUUAAAAGGCACACAGUACAUCACUCUUUCUCCUCUAUGUCACUUUGCAGUCUUGACCACGGUAUCAAUUCCAUAACAAGACUAUGAUGUCAUUUUAUGCAGUCUUUGUGGAAUUACAUAAAAAAACGACACCUCUAGUGUAUCAACCCCCUAUCCCAUUCACCCAGUAGUGUGUACACUGGAAACACACUCUCUGUACCCUGAUCUCCUUAUUAAGGGACCCUCCAAACCUUGUCAUUUGCCAUAAAGCUUCCAAAUUCAACUGAAGAACCAUGAGAAGUAGACCUUCCAUUCCAUGGGGAGAGAGCGGGAGUAGCGGGGAGGAAGGGAAUGGGGAAAUCAGUGUUCCUGUCCAGUUUGACCCCUGUUCUGGAUGAGGUCGCAGCUGCAGAGAUGAUGCACGGUUUAUGGCCUCUCCUCCCCAUAGACAUCAGCCACAUUUCCCAAAAGUCAGUUCUCACGCUGCGAGCAAAUCUAUUAAGUGCUGUGUGUAUGGUGGAUUUAGACAGCUAUUUGAAGGUUAACUCUUAUAUGCUUUGCUUAUGAGAAAGACCCCUGUGACAGACUUUGCUGUAGAAUCAACAAGGUGAUUGGAUGAAAAUAAAUGAGACUAGGAAGGAAGAGAGUCACCUCUUGAAGACCAGCACUGUGGCUUAUGAUGGCCCAGAGUAUGUUUGACAGAUAAAUAUAUUUAAUCUCUUCAUCUGUUGAUCCUAUCCUGGUAGAAUCCACAUUAUACUGGAUAUUAUUACAACUUUUAAAGCUUUUAAUAGCUUUUAAAGUUACUGCAUUACACAACUGUACAAGAUUUCUCUGCAUAUUUGUAUUCAUGUUCCUCAUGCUACGCUUGUAUUCAUUGCCCAAUCAGUCAUCUUGCAUUUGUGUCGUCUCACUUUACACCCAUUUAAUGCAUAUGUAACCUUUCUCCAUCCAUCCCUGCAACCAGCAACAUUAACUCCCACCAGCUCAUCCAUUGUCACCACUAACAUGAUUGCUACUAAUUCAACAACCAACGGUAAGCAUCCAUCCCUCAACCCCAUUGUUUGUAAUGAGCACAUGUUAUUUUCAGCUUGUCUGUUGUUGUGAAGGUAAACCAAUACUAUCUACUCCAUACAGAGUGCAGCUGAUGGGUGUUUUAAUCAAUAUGGAAAAUGGCAACUCUGACUGAUUGAGGGGAUAUUGUCAGGUGGCCCAUUAAACUAGAGAGAUUUUGGUCUUAUCCAAAAAUGGUCUCUUUGAUUGCUCUCAUGGCUCCCUUUAAAAAAACGCACAGCCAAUUCCAGUCUAUUAAACCCACAUAAUACUGACUCCACUGUUGGUGGCAUUGAGGUGCAUUCACUUAAACUUCUACCUAUCCUAAGAAAAUGUGUUAGUAAAACAUAUUUAUGAUUUGAUUAACCCUGUCAGCAGCACAUCUGAAACAGUUAAUUUCCCAGCCCAAAUAAAAUUAAGAUUUGUGAAAAGCAGCCACCAGUUUUAUCAAGUAGGAUUCCGUACUGAGGGAAGCCUCCUAAUAAGACAUGAAUGAUGAAGACGUGAAAAACAGCUGUGUUUGAUGAGCUAAUUGGCCGUUUAGUGGUUUGCAGGCCAUACAGUAGGUAAACACCAUGUCUCUGAUACUGUACUAGCUAAUGGUUUUGCUGCAGAAGACGUUUGAUCUCCAUCUCUCUCAUAUCUGACCCUUCCUUGAAGUAAAGCAAACAAGGUCCUGGCGUUUCCAUUUGAAGUUUGGAGCCACUAUUGACAUGACGUCAAUUGUAUGGUGGAACAACAUUGAUUUAACUCACUGUAGCUUAGCCCCUAUCCAAAACGGAGGCCACUUGUUCAUUUGACAGUCAAAUGUGUAACUGUGCUGAUAGUUGAUCAGAUGUGGAUGCUUCAUGGCCAAUUCAUACGUCCAUGAUCUCAACCUUAGCUCUCAAUACUUCACCCUCCUUUAUUCAUCUCAUCUCAUACUGUGUCUGCUGUCCAUCCUUAUCUUCAGUUCUCUCUGCAACCACUUCAUCUGCCACCACUACUAGCAUGCCUCUAACUACCAGCUCAACAACUGGUAAGGUGCCAUCUUUAGUUCUCAACAUUAUUUUCCCUCAUUAUUUAACCACUGUGUUAUUUUACCCUCUUUUUGCUGACUUGUGCUGUAAAUGUCACCAGUUCAAACCACUACCACAACCACUACUGCAGCUACAACUAAUGUGCAGACAUUACCCAGCACAACCACUGGUAAGGUAUCUCUAUCACUGGAUCUGAUCUCAGUUUAUGCAAAUUUGAUCUGAUUAUCGUUAUAGUGCAAAUAUAAAUUUUCUGAAUGCAUUACAUAUAGACCCUUUAUAAAUGCUUCAAUUUGGUACCUUCAUAUAAUAUGUCUAUGUAGUUUAGUCUGAUUUCCCUCUCAGAACAUUUAGCAAACACAUGGCAUUUGGCAGGCCAUUUACCUUCAGGAAGAAAGGUAGAGAUGAGAGAUCUUGCCAGUGAUGUUGUUUGUUGUUUUUUCCAUUUGCGUCUUAUAAUUGAAAAUUGCAUGGUAACGCGUUGACCCAUAUAAACCCCAUGCAUACUCUAGAGCAUUGCUUAUUGUUUGUGUGUGUUCAUUUCACUCUUUCAAACCAUUUAGUUCACAUUUGCUGUCCUUGUCACCAGUUACUCAAACCAUUAUCCCAUCUGCAGCAGCCGCUACUAACACAACUCUAUUCUACAGCACAACCAAUGGUAAGAUGUGUAUUUGUUUUUCUCUUGUUUUGUACUCAUGGAAAAAUCUGCUUGUGGCAUUUUUCUUUAUGUGUGGGGAAUGGGUUUGAAAGCGGUUCCAUCCUUGACCAACUUGGAACUUUCCAGAUGGAUUAGGCUGGGAAGCAAUUGUCAUGGCUUCUCAAUGGGAGUAUGGUAUGUUUGCCCAUGUAGCUCCCUUUAAAAAAUGGACUCAGCAGUGAAUGCUGUCUAAGUGGUUCUUGACAUGGCUUCUAUUUUUGAAAACACCUAUAGUAGCCACCUGUUGUAGCCCUGUAUCAUGUGUUUUGCCGUUAUUGCCUUCCAUUUGAUUUUGUAACCAUUUUCCACCCCCAUGUUCUACCAGCACUGACAGCUUCUGCUACAACCAUUGUUUCAAACCCAGCUACAACUAACUUGCCUACCACUAACAACACAGUGCAUGGUAAGAAAGCCCACUUUUCCCUUUUGCCUGUUAUUGACUAAGGACUGACUGGGGAGAAUUCAAUAUUUUUUCACUUUUUUCUCAAAUGUGUCUUUCUUCAUUUUGAAUAAAAUGUUAUAUCUCUUACUCUUGCUAACAGUGACAACUACUCCCCCAUUUUCCCCUACUACUAACUUACCAGCUAACAUCACUACUACUCUGGGUAAGACACACCAGCUGCUCCUUGUCUGGCUGUGUUUGUUUUAAGGCUUUGCAGAAAAUAGUCUUUGUUCAGUACAAUUUGCAUUUGUCACUGUAACUUUCAAACACAUUGGGCAAACAGAUCUCAAAGUGUAGUCUGAGGACAUGGAGCGUCCAUUUUUCAAAGUUUUGCAUCCAUGAUACAACUAUAGAAUUACUAAUAUAACCAAUGUAGGCAAGGUACAUUUCACAACUUUCAACUCCAUAUUCAUCAACUCCAGCACCACCCCAACAUCAACAUACAGUGGGGAAAAAAAGUAUUUAGUCAGAAACCAAUUGUGCAAGUUCUCCCACUUAAAAAGAUGAGAGAGGCCUGUAAUUUUCAUCAUAGGUACACGUCAACUAUGACAGACAAAUUGAGGAAAAAAAAUCCAGAAAAUCACAUUGUAGGAUUUUUAAUGAAUUUAUUUGCAAAUUAUGGUGGAAAAUAAGUAUUUGGUCACGUACAAACAAGCAAGAUUUCUGGCUCUCACAGACCUGUAACUUCUUCUUUAAGAGGCUCCUCUGUCCUCCACUCGUUACCUGUAUUAAUGGCACUUGUUUGAACUUGUUAUCAGUAUAAAAGACACCUGUCCACAACCUCAAACAGUCACACUCCAAACUCCACUAUGGCCAAGACCAAAGAGCUGUCAAAGGACACCAGAAACAAAAUUGUAGACCUGCACCAGGCUGGGAAGACUGAAUCUGCAAUAGGUAAGCAGCUUGGUUUGAAGAAAUCAACUGUGGGAGCAAUUAUUAGGAAAUGGAAGACAUACAAGACCACAGAUAAUCUCCCUCGAUCUGGGGCUCCACGCAAGAUCUCACCCCGUGGGGUCAAAUUGAUCACAAGAACGGUAAGCAAAAUUCCCAGAACCACACGGGGGGACCUAGUGAAUGACCUGCAGAGAGCUGGGACCAAAGUAACAAAGCCUACCAUCAGUAACACACUACGCCGCCAGGGACUCAAAUCCUGCAGUGCAAGACGUGUCCCCCUGCUUAAGCCAGUACAUGUCCAGGCCCGUCUGAAGUUUGCUAGAGUGCAUUUGGAUGAUCCAGAAGAGGAUUGGGAGAAUGUCAUAUGGUCAGAUGAAACCAAAAUAUAACUUUUUGGUAAAAACUCAACUCGUCGUGUUUGGAGGACAAAGAAUGCUGAGUUGCAUCCAAAGAACACCAUACCUACUGUGAAGCAUGGGGGUGGAAACAUCAUGCUUUGGGGCUGUUUUUCUGCAAAGGGACCAGGACGACUGAUCCGUGUAAAGGAAAGAAUGAAUGGGGCCAUGUAUCGUGAGAUUUUGAGUGAAAACCUCCUUCCAUCAGCAAGGGCAUUGAAGAUGAAACGUGGCUGGGUCUUUCAGCAUGACAAUGAUCCCAAACACACCGCCCGGGCAACGAAGGAGUGGCUUCGUAAGAAGCAUUUCAAGGUCCUGGAGUGGCCUAGCCAGUCUCCAGAUCUCAACCCCAUAGAAAAUCUUUGGAGGGAGUUGAAAGUCCGUGUUGCCCAGCGACAGCCCCAAAACAUCACUGCUCUAGAGGAGAUCUGCAUGGAGGAAUGGGCCAAAAUACCAGCAACAGUGUGUGAAAACCUUGUGAAGACUUACAGAAAACGUUUGACCUGUGUCAUUGCCAACAAAGGGUAUAUAACAAAGUAUUGACAAAACUUUUGUUAUUGACCAAAUACUUAUUUUCCACCAUAAUAUGCAAAUAAAUUCAUUAAAAAUCCUAUAAUGUGAUUUUCUGGAUUUUUUUUUCUCAUUUUGUCUUUCAUAGUUGACGUGUACCUAUGAUGAAAAUUACAGGCCUCUCUCAUCUUUUUAAGUGGGAGAACUUGCACAAUUGGUGGCUGACUAAAUACUUUUUUGCCCCACUGUAUGUGAAAAUGGCCUGUUUCAAUGUUUUGUAGUAAAAAAAAGAUAGAGGAGAUAACUGUUUCCAAUGACAUCAUCAACCAAUUAAAGGCAAUUAGUACGCAAUUGCUACUCAUAAUUGGUUAAAAUCACAUGAUGCACACCAAUGAUGUCAUUGAAAACACUUAUCUUCCUCAAUCUUUUUUACUACCAAACAUAGAAACGCGCCAUUUUCAUAUACUGUAUGUUGAUGUUGGGGUGGUGCUGGAGAUGAAGAAUAUGAAGUUGAACAUUUAGGAAAUUUCCCUUUAAGUAUUUCAGAGAGGCUUAUGAGUAGUUACUGUACACAUCUUCAAAAAAAGAAACGUGAUUAAUCACACAUUAUCUUCCACUUUUUCAGUAGUUUUUACUUUAUUGUUGGUUUCUUCUAAUAGCAUGUCUUCUAACAUUGCAAAGAUUCUGCUCAGCUGGUUAAAACAUACACUUGGGAAAUCUUGAUAUGGUCUCCUUGCUGACUUAGUUGUAUUGUCACUCUUGCUAACAGUGUCUGAAGCCACUACUACCCCACCGUCCUCGACUAACAUGUCUCCUACUACCAUGUCCACUAACAUCAUUACGCUGGGUAAGACACACACACUCACUAAGCUUGUCCUUGUCUUGUUUGUAGUGAGACUAUGCAGCUUCCAUUGGCAAGCUGUUCUCUCUCUCAGCCUGCUUCAACCUGUCUGUUUGCCUCUCACUCCCAUUCUAUCCUAUUCUCAGCCAAUAUGCUGUUUACAGUAUCGGGGAAAGAUCUGUGUCUAUUCUGUCACCUCAAAAGGAAGGCCUAGUUGACUGCUGUAAAUAUAGGUGAUCCAAAUACUGUAUUCUUCCAUGCAUUCUGCCUAAUUCCUAUGGAAUAAGACCAUAGGCUACUAUUUUGUAUUUGUUUAUUCAGCUCCAGUAUAAGCUAGAAGACGCUGUUUCUAAAAUCAGUCUGUAUUUAAAAUAUGUAACCUGCUUUGACCCCUCCGUUUUUAUAUUGACUGGACUGGGGCGCCACAGAGAAGGAGAGAGCGGUGUAUCUGUGGUCUGUGCUUCGGCUCACCCCCUGGCCAGUGACCUCCUCCACCACCACCACCCCCCACACCAGGCCUCACGUCCUGCCUGGCCCCCGCAGCUCUAAAACCUCCCUGGGCUACAUCUCCACCCCCCUCAUCUGGCCCGUGAGGAAGAAACCUGAGGCCUCUGUCACCCGCCUCCCGGUCAGACCCAUCCUCUAUCUGACCAAGCCUCAUCCUGUACCAGCAGCACAUAUGUCCCUCAGGCCCAAGGUGACAACAAUAACAACAACAGCGCCCGUGGCCAGGAAAACACAUGCUGUAUCCAGGGUCAUGACGAGUCCCCAGGGAUUGUUCCCAUGGCGACCAGUGGAUGUUGGGAACAGUAGCGAUGAGGAGGACGUGGAGUCAUUCCCAGCAGCGGCAUCAGCAUCACUCAGCAACCGUAAGAAGAAUAAGCCCAUGGCUCCCCCCCACUGGAUCCCAUUGAGUCCCAGCAGAGAGAACAGCAGCAGCAGCACUGUGAACUGGACUGAGCCCCUGGAGGAGUACACAUCAGGCUCUGAGACAUUCAUUUACGACCUGGACCUAGGGGACGACCCCUUCAGCCUUUUCCAAUAUGACUCGUCCUACUCCCUGGAUGAAGGCCUGGCUCUGGCCACCUCCGGCCCACAGAACCUUUCCCAAGCUGGGGCUGGAGUCAGUACUGAGGGCCCAGGCCGUGUGACUGUGAGCGACCCUGUUAACGCCGGGGGAGGAAGGGAACAUUUACACAAUCAAUCAGAGCCCAAUUUGCCCCAGGAGGCGUUGGCAGGAGGCGCGCUGGCAGAAGCUGGGGGAGAGGCUAGGACAGGGGAGCAGGGUGGGGUGGUGGCAGCACACAGCAGCUGGGCUCAAAUCCCUCCUUUCAGCACGGCUCCGGAGAGGACAGGUGUGCAAACGGAUCAGGCCCGGCCCGGCAGCAGCUUCAGUGAGCAAACAGCAGAGAGAACCACUCAGUCCCUCUCAAACAUCGCUACACAGUCUCCCUCAUUAUUAACAGCAGCAGAGCUCCGUUUCUCUGAGAGGGUCGGGAUUACCACUGACAAUGACCCCACAGUGGAGGUCUCUAGACAUAAAGACUACACACCCACACCCAGUCCCAUAUCCAUACCUACCACGUCUGCUAUGCCAGAUAGCCUAUGGACAGAUGUAAUCACAGAGAUACCGGCCCCUAACUCCCUCCCCUUCACUCCAACCAUACCUCUCCCCACCUCUCCCGUUCACAGUAUGGAACAAAGUGAUGUUAGUCAUUCAGGACACGUCAAGCCAGCUGCCACUGAGACAGAGACAUCGCUCCCGGAGAGUUCAAAGGCGAAUGUGCUGCAGCCUUCCAUGGAGGUUCAAAGACAUUUAUUAAUGCGGGAGGGCACAAGGCCCAGACCACUGUCUCUGUCAGUCCCUACUGAUGCCGCUACAGCUCUGACACCUGUCCUUGAGAAAACACACCUCUCUUUCUCUGACAAACACCACAGUGACCUGGUUUUGAGGAAUCAAUUAAGUUCCUUCUUGACUAACGCUCAUCCUGUGGAUGGUAGGCUAGCCACUAUGGUUCCCAGUGAGAGUAUUGCCUCUGAGUCAGGUAGCCAGAGUGAGGGGAUAAGGUUAUAUUCACCUCUGGCUCUGGAGCCAUCGUCAUAUAUGUACAUAUAUGUGUCAGACAGUUUGUUGGGCAGCUCAGAGGGGCAUGAGGGCUUUAAUCCACUCAGUUCUAAUCUGAGAAGUUCGUCAUGUACAUCUCACCUAUCUGUCACUCCUAUCACAGAGCAACCACACCACCAGGCCCUCCUCCCAGCCACCAUGACAGACGAAUGGACUUCCUCUCAGUCCUCACCUCCUAAUACAAUCUCCCCAAGCAGACAGGAGUGGAUGGAUGUAUUGCCCACCAAGUUCAGCAUGGUCUCUCUCAGCUCUGACCUCCUGUCUGAGACAGACUUGCCAGAGCAGCUUCAUAUCACCACGGUUACUGAAUGGGAAAGUGCAGAUGGGAUGGCGAGACACUCGGCUCGACAGAAAGGAGAGGAAGUCCACAUGUCAUCCAUAAGUGGCUCGUCCUCCUCUCCAUCGCUGAUCUCGCUCUUCCGCCCCAGCACGCAGAGCGAGCCAUCUGUAGCCAAGCUUGGACACCAUGGGACCUCACACAUCAAUGAUGAUGGAUCUGAAUAUCUCUCCCAGACCAGCCUCCUCCUCUGCUCCUCCCUGCUAGCCCCCUCUCCUCCUCUGGCUCUGCCAACGCCACUCAUCAGCAGUACAGCAUCAGAAUAUGGCAGUGUCGUUACCCAUGAACCCCAGCGGCAGGCUUAUAUGCAUGAAUUAGGCUGGCCACAUCCGGUCAGCGGUCUUGGCAGUGUGAUUCACACAGACACACACACCCCAGUGUCUGAGCUGCUCUCCACCGUGACCUCCAGGGCAGAUCAGCUCAUGUCAGAUUCUUCUGAAUCUCUCUUAUUCCAUAGACCGAUGACAACAAACCCUCCUCGUAUUGGAGAGAGACCACUCCCCGCCCCUACCCCCACCCCCUUUCCCCCCCAUAUCCCCCCUCUGAGGGGGACAUUGUCUGCUGGAGCGGCCAACAUGGUUGAUUCGGGAGCUGGCGCCUCACUGCCCACCCGUCCAACGGCUGCAUUCCAACAAUCCUCCACACUCAUUGGCAGCCAAUCAGAGCCCACUCAGCCUGCUGGAAUUGACAGAACACUGGCCUGGCCCGGAGAGAGCAGAGAGAGCACAGCAUCACCCGCUGCCCCAGACACACAGCUCACUGCUGCUGCCUCCAGUAACCUCACCAUUAGUGCUGCAAGUAUACAGCCCACUGUUUUCCUAAAUAUCCAGUCCACCUCUACUUCCACCAGCCAGCCUCCUACGGCCUUAAACGCCUACCCUGCUGGGGCUGGCCCUGUGUCAGUCCCCUGGAGGGCCAACCACAGUGAGGACACACAGGGUGAUAAACAUGGACCGGCCCUCAUUGAUCACACACCCUCCACUGCUGCAAGCACGUCAGUAAGCAGUGUGGGCCCUGGCAACAAUGUGACUGUGAAUCAGAACACCAACAUAUACCGAGAGACCGAGACACAGACAACUCCCAAUCCACUAGCCGUCAUUGGCAUGGAUGAGCAGUCUUUUGUAGCCACAAAGAGCCCCUACUUGCCUCUUACCACUCCACAUAGAGUGUUAAAUGCAGGCAGUGGCACAGUGUCCACCCCACGGACCUCAGCGGGCACCGCGGGCACCCCUGUUAUUGCCCCAUGCCAAUGUAAAGCUCGCUUUCAUUUAUCAUGUCUGUGUGGACUUUCAACCGGGAACAGUAUGUUUUGCAAUAACAAAGUAGAUGUAGAAACAAAAAGAGAGAAAGCCUCUCGAUCACCUAAUCUCUGCUUUGAAUGCUACUGUAGUAGUGGUGGGAUGAGGUUGAUAAAGUCUAAUCUGGUGAAAAUGGGGUGUCCUGUUGGAGGAGGUUGAUGAUUGAGGUUGUGUUGUGAUUUUGGAUGGGGCAUAGAACAUUAACUUAGGCAUGUACAGUAGUUGACCAAUCACUGAGCUCUAUAGAGGCCUCUGCUCGGCUGAUGGGGCUGCUGCUACCUUCCCUCAUGGGGCGCAGCUCUCCUCUUGUGAUUUUAAGUUUCAAACAUUCCUGUUUCUUGGGAGACUUCUAAUGCUGUUAUCAUUUGAUUUUAGAGCAAAUAACUGCUAAUCUAAAUGUAACCUGAUAUUGCUAUAAUAUAGCAAGUCAAAGAAAAAUAACACUCUUGAUCAACAAAGAUAAACAAUAUAUAUAUUGGAUACUUCAAAACAUUCUGAGGUGGCCUUCCUUCCUGAUCUGCAAUCACUGGAGUCUCUUAAGAACAGUAUUGGCAUGGAGUAGAAACAGCAUCGUACUGUAGCUAGUUCAGCACUAACAACAGGAGAGGCUUGGGAGCCAUCUUGUGAUGGCUGUGAGGCAUAGCAGCAGAUCAUCAUCACAAUCAAACAGUGAUGUACCACACGUAUAUGCUCCACAGGAUGUUGGUGGCACCUUAAUUGGGGAGGACGGGCUUGUGAUAAUGGCUGAAGCGGAAUAAGUGGAAUGGGAUCAAAUACAUCAAACACAUGGCUUCCAUGUGUUUGAUGCCAUUCCAUUUGUUACGUUCCAGACAUUAUUAUGAGCCGUCCUCCCCUCAGCAGCCUCCACUGAUAUGCUCUCAUUUACAAUCACCCAUUUGGCCCCUGAAUACACAUCAGUCAUAUAAUGCACUAUGGCCUUUAGUUCCAUUUUGAUUACUGUCAUCUAGGAUGAUAACAGAGUAUUUUAAUUUAGCCUUUUCCUGAUAGAAACCCUCCCACAUGUUUUAUCUGUGUAGUAGCAGCCUUUCAUCAUCAUUUGUCAUAUGAAAUUGGAUUUUAAAUGACUAAAUUAUGUCUCAACCCCUGCACUCCUGCUAUGCAGCACAGACAAAUGUUCCAUUAAGUGUUGUAAAUGACCUGUGUCAAAUAUAGAUUUAGUUUUUUUUUUCUGCUUUUCAAUUGCAGAGGGUCUUUUCUACAGGAUUUCCUUUGUUGUCAAUGACAAGGAGGCCCAAGUAACAGAGUCUGAUGUUGAGAAAACUGUUGCACAAUGGGUAAGGCUUCUUGUCAUGUUAAAUUCCUCUUGUAUCAAAGCAUCAAUAGAAUACUAGAUGAACUCAAUGAAUUGACUGAUUUACUAAUUAAUUAACAGCUCAAUCAAACAUUCCAAAACUGGACACACGUGGUCUAUGUCGAUAAUGUCAGGUAAGCAAUUAGAUAUUUGUACCAUCAUAAAAUGCACCUCUAUGUCCAUUCAAUUUAUUUUUCUUUAGAGUUGUAUUACAGGUCAAUAAUGAUGUCCACCCUAAUUUGUUCAUCUUGUUCCCAGUAUCCAGCCUAACAGUGACUCACAGCUUAAGAGGAGUGUCAGUAAAAAGUAAGGCCAAUAUUUACUAUGGUAUACUGUAGUAGGUAGGGACAGGAGUUUUUCCUGACCCGUCACGUGACAAAAAAAUAAAAGUAAUUCAGUAGGCCUGCCUUUCCAUGUGUGUUAAGUCUCCUGCUACUCCUCUUCCUCUUCCUCCUCUUCCUUCCCUGCUCCUCUUCCUUCCCCAUUCCUCUUCUUCUUCCUUCUCCCCCCACCCCUCCUCCUCUUCCUUCCCCCUCCUCUUCCUUAUCUCCUCCUCUUCCUUCCCCAUUCCUCCUCUUCUUCCUUCUCCCCCACCCUGCCUCCUCUUCCUUCCCCCUCCUCUUCCUUCCUCCUCUUCCCCCUCCAGAUACACCUGCCAGGCCCUGCUGGUCUACCAGACCACCACCAAUGUGACCCUGGGAGAAGUAGCCAUCUCCACCAGGAUGGUGGGAAGCGGCCCUAUCAUUGGCAACGGACUGGAGCUAGACACUGUCGCCGUGCAGUCUGUCGGUAGGACAUGAUCUCACCCGGACCCACUUUAAUCACCUCAAUUCUUACUGCAGAAAGUGACUGGGGAAAAAACAUGACACUCCCACAGCCCAGAGAAAAAAAAUAAAAUGUAUGGUGCACAGUCGCACAUCGGCUCUAAAGCACCUCCUAAUUAGAUUAGGUUUGAAAUGUGAAUGCCUCUAACGUUUCUCAACUUCCUCUUGUAGUCAUUGGAAAUUAAUAUAUUGCUGAUGUGCGGUGUUAACAUUUAUAAGUUGCAUGGUUUUCUCUCUCUCUCUCAGAGAACUGCCCGGAGGAAACUCCCCUCCAUUACAUCUGGCCGGAGAGCAGACCAACGGUCACUCAGUAUGUCCCCUGUUUCCCCAACAAAGACCAGAACACAUCCAGAACAUGGUGAGACUGACACAAUCACUAUAUCAAACUAUGUCCUAUCUUUAUACAAACAAUCAGCAAAUGUAUUUUCAUUUUCAGGAAUUUUACUACACUCUUUUCCAGGGAUAUCAAAAGGAUAUCAAUCUGCUUUUAAAAGUUCGAAGAACUUGACAUGAUUGAUAGGCUGACAUUGUAUGCAUGAACUUGUUUGAGGUAAUUCAUCUUGGAUCAAUCUUAAAAUACUAGAUCUGAUUUUGUGUUUGUUUGUCCCCAGUGUGAUCAGCCCCCUGAAUUACACAGCAUUUUGGGGUGCCCCAGACCUCAGUAAUUGCACUGAUAUCGAUUCCAUCAAUGUGUCAGCAGGUAGGGCCCCGACAUCUUAACACUCUCUUAAAUCACUUGAAUGAUUCCACAGCUGAUAGAAUCAAAACAGCUGCAAGAAUGAAUAAUUGAGAUAUACAGUGGGGAAAAAAAGUAUUUAGUCAGCCACCAAUUGUGCAAGUUCUCCCACUUAAAAAGAUUUCAGAGGCCUGUAAUUUUCAUCAUAGGUACACGUCAACUAUGACAGACAAAUUGAGAAAAGAAAAUCCAGAAAAUCACAUUGUAGGAUUUUUAAUGAAUUUAUUUGCAAAUUAUGGUGGAAAAUAAGUAUUUGGUCAACUACAAACAAGCAAGAUUUCUGGCUCUCACAGACCUGUAACUUCUUCUUUAAGAGGCUCCUCUGUCCUCCACUCGUUACCUGUAUUAAUGGCACCUGUUUGAACUUGUUAUCAGUAUAAAAGACACCUGUCCACAACCUCAAACAGUCACACUCCAAACUCCACUAUGGCCAAGACCAAAGAGCUGUCAAAGGACACCAGAAACAAAAUUGUAGACCUGCACCAGGCUGGGAAGACUGAAUCUGCAAUAGGUAAGCAGCUUGGUUUGAAGAAAUCAACUGUGGGAGCAAUUAUUAGGAAAUGGAAGACAUACAAGACCACUGAUAAUCUACCUCGAUCUGGGGCUCCACGCAAGAUCUCACCCCGUGGGGUCAAAAUGAUCACAAGAACGGUGAGCAAUAAUCCCAGAACCACACGGGGGGACCUAGUGAAUGACCUGCAGAGAGCUGUGACCAAAGUAACAAAGCCUACCAUCAGUAACACACUACACCGCCAGGGACUCAAAUCAUGCAGUGCCAGACGUGUCCCCCUGCUUAAGCCAGGCCCGUCUGAAGUUUGCUAGAGUGCAUUUGGAUGAUCCAGAAGAGGAUUGGGAGAAUGUCAUAUGGUCAGAUGAAACCAAAAUAUUACUUUUUGGUAAAAACUCAACUCGUCGUGUUUGGAGGACAAAGAAUGCUGAGUUGCAUCCAAAGAACACCAUACCUACUGUGAAGCAUGGGGGUGGAAACAUCAUGCUUUGGGGCUGUUUUUCUGCAAAGGGACCAGGACGACUGAUCCGUGUAAAGGAAAGAAUGAAUGGGGCCAUGUAGCGUGAGAUUAUGAGUGAAAACCUCCUUCCAUCAGCAAGGGCAUUGAAGAUGAAACGUGGCUGGGUCUUUCAGCAUGACAAUGAUCCCAAACACACCGCCCGGGCAACGAAGGAGUGGCUUCUUAAGAAGCAUUUCAAGGUCCUGGAGUGGCCUAGCCAGUCUCCAGAUCUCAACCCCAUAGAAAAUAUUUGGAGGGAGUUGAAAGUCCGUGUUGCCCAGCGACAGCCCCAAAACAUCACUGCUCUAGAGGAGAUCUGCAUGGAGGAAUGGGCCAAAAUACCAGCAACAGUGUGUGAAAACCUUGUGAAGACUUACAGAAAACGUUUGACCUGUGGCAUUGCCAAAAAAGGGUAUAUAACAAAGUAUUGAGAAACUUUUGUUAUUGACCAAAUACUUAUUUUCCACCAUAAUUUGCAAAUAAAUUCAUAAAAAAUCCUACAAUGUGAUUUUCUGGAAAAUACAUUCUCAUUUUGUCUGUCAUAGUUGACGUGUACCUAUGAUGAAAAUUACAGGCCUCUCUCAUCUUUUUAAGUGGGAGAACUUGCACAAUUGGUGGCUGACUAAAUACUUUUUUUCCCCACUGUAUUUGAUCUCAACACGCUGCUCUUAGAGAGAAAGAGGGACAGAGAUGCCCACUGAAAUGCAGUUUUAGAGAUAAAACGUGUUUACACCCUCACCAUGGCAGAGAGUGGACAGUCAGCAGACAACUAAUAAUGAUUAUAUAUUGACAGCCGUCAUCUAGUUGUUUACCUCUCUCCCUAACUUUCCCCAAACAGAGAAUGCUGCCAAAGUUGCCGACCAGCUUGCUGACAUCACCAACAACGAGCUCUCCACAGAGGAGGUGUCCAAGGUGGUGGACAAAGUGAAGGAGCUGGUCAAUGUGGCCAAGAUCAACGCCCCUCUGGCCACCACUGUAUUGAACAUCAUCUCCAACGUGAUGACCAGCUCUGUGUCAGCCCUGGCUGUAGCCUUAAAGAGGUAAGAUACUUCUCCUCUUCUUUCCUUUCCUCCUCUUCCCCCUGUCUGCUCCCACUGCCGCUGUCUCUCCUCUCCUCAGAACCCACCUCUUACUGUGUCCAGCAUGCUGGGAGUAAGCAUAAAUGAGUUAUGACUAUAUCUCCCAGGUAGAUGUACUGUAUGUUGUCUUUGUGUGGUAUCUUUGUACCAAAGUAAAGCACUGUGAGACCCUAGUGAAAGUCACUAUCCAGUCCGUUGUGAUUAUUACUCCUAAAUGUCUCUCUAUCUGUGAGUAGGACAUUGAUGACGAUGGACGAGCUGAUUCAGAAGAUAGAGUUUGAUGGGCCUUCAGUGAGCAUCACCUCUAAAAAUCUGGCUCUGGGCAUCUCAGCACUGAACCAUAGCGAGUUCAACGGGACCUCCUUCAGUGCCUUCAUGCAGCCCAACACCACAGACCUCCAGGUACUGACUAAACAGUUAGAGACAGUGUUAUACAGAAGUGUUAUACAGAAAUCAGUAUUAUCUGCUGUACUGUACUGGACAGUGUAGUACUAUAUAUCCAGGGACUCAUUGCUCUGCUGUGCACAAAGUUCAUAACAUCCAUACUUGCCAAGACGAGAGCUGAGGUUGUUGUUUCAUUCACAGUCAAUGUGCCCUGAGAGUAAAUAGGGUAUGUUAUGCCCCACUCCUACUGUGUGUGAGCCAGUCCUACCAGUCAGGCAGGGCUUCCAGGAAAGCCUUCCUGUGGAAACUCUAGUUGUGUGUUAAAGGUGACUCGCAACCCAUCAGGCCUGUUGAAGCCAUUUAACAUGAAUGGCAGGAUGUAUAUUUGUUUAAGUCAUUAAGAGUAUUUUCUGUACCCAGAACACCUUCACAACCUUGUGAUUCACAUGAACUGAGUGGGAGUCCUGUUAUUCAUCAUAGAGUUAAGCAAACCUGAUACAGCUGACUAACGUCGAGUCCAUCACAGCUUUCCCUCUCACUUGAUUUAAUGUGUUUUACCCUAUGCCCCUGCCAUACGUGUCAAUGCUGUGCCAAUGCUGUGCCAAUGCUGUGCCAGCAGAAAGGGCACGCUUUAAUCAUAAGCCACCUGUCCACCACAGAGGUUUGGCAAUGACCUCCAGAUGGUGCAGCAGGGGACUCAUUAUAUAUCAUCAUAAUAAUCAGCAGACCUCUGUCUACAUUGGAAAAUCAAAUUCUGUCACAUAGGAUUGUUAAUGGUAAAGUCAAUGGUCUAACUAACUUCUCUCCCACCAGAUUGACUUUGAGUCUAAUCAGCUGAACCCCCUGGCUCAGGUCACACUGCCAGCUACUUUGCUCAAAAACCUAACCCUGACCGACGCUGAGACCGCUGCCAUCUCCAGGAUCAGCUUCAUGUUCUUCAGCAAGACAGGACUAUUCCAGGUUUAUACCUCUUUUUGGUGGAAUGUAUCUGAUUUAGUGUCUUUUCAGCAUAUAACAGUAUGUUUUAUUUUCUCACGCAUCCUUUUCAUGGAUGGUGACUCAUGUGUCUGGGAUGUGAAUCUAUAGCUUUGAGUGACAUUUCCAGGUUUACACCUCUUUUUGAUGCAAUUCAACAAAUCUGGUGUGUCUGCUAGCAUGUUGUGAUUUAUUUUCUUGCUUCCUACUAAUGCAUGGUGAUUCGUAUGCCUGGUAUGUGAAUCUAUAGUUUUGAAUGUUAUGUGUUUAUAUUUCAAAAUCAAACUUUUAUUUUAUCAUUCUCAGGAUAAACAGGACGGGCUGUCUCUUAACAGCUAUGUUGUGGCCAGCAGUGUGGGCAAUUACUCCAUCAGUAACCUGCAGGAUCCCGUGGAGAUUGAGAUUGUACACCUGAAUUACCAGGUAGUCUACCCGCCCUCCUCCUCUCACCUCUAUAUGAAGAGUUUCAUUCCAAAACGCUAUAUAUCCAUUUUCAGAAAUGUUGGUAAAUUAGCUUUUAUUGUUUAAAGAAAUUAUUAAAGAUAUUGGUGUUUUUUCACUAGCUAGUCAUGGCAUGGGGUUGUUUAAUGACAGAUGUAUUUGUUUAAAACCUAUCACUUGAUGGUUUCAUUUCAGAGAGACAAAUAAUAUUUUUGGGGGCAAAAUGCUAUAUAUCUGCCUCACUCUCAGAGGAAUAAGUAGUACUGCUAGGCUUUGCACAGUCAAAUGUAACAAAUAACUACAUUUUUAAUAAAGAACUGUGCAAAUGAUACAUUUGUGACAUCCAUAUUUAAACCAUUUCAAUACAGUAAUAUGAGAUCUGUAUGCAAAACAUUUACAUUUGACAUUUUAGUCAUUUAGCAGAUGCUCUUAUCCAGAGCGACUUACAGUAAGUGCAUUCAUUUUAAGAUAGCUAUGUGAGACAACCACAUAUCACAGUCAAAUAUACAGGAUACGGACAUUCCAUUCCAGCUAAACAAUGGAUAUAUAACGUUUAGAAAAAAAUAAAAAAAAAUUCAUACACAUAAAAUCUAGGAAUUAUAAAUUGGAGAACAGUAAUACUUUACACACACAUGAAGGUACCCAUAAGCAAGCAUUUUGGAUGAAAAAAACACAAAUGUGAUUUUUUGGGGGAUAUAGCGUUUCGGAAAUAAAUGUCAUAUACUCUGUUCCUUUCUCCUCUGUUUGUUUCUCUCCAGUCCCCCUGUUUUCUACUUUUUCUUCUCCCUCUCUUCUUUUUUUCUAAUUCGACUUAGGUAAAAACAUUUUGUCUGUAACCACUCAGUUGAUGAUUGUUGAUACCUGAUGGUAGUUCAACAGUUAAAGUCGUAAGUACAAUACAGAUAAACGCCUGGAACGUCUGCCUGUAAUCAGACAGUGAUUGUGUCUUUCAGCCAAUGCCAAAGCCAACCUGCAUGUUCUGGGAUUUUACCAUAAAAAGUAAGUCGGAACAAAAACAAAUAUUUUGAUUGUUGAAAUAUACACUGAGUGUACAAAGCAUUAAGAACACCUUCCUAAUAUUGAGUUGCAACCGCCCGGUUUUGCCCUCAGAACACCCUCAAUUUGUCGGGGCAUGGACUCUACAAGGUGUCGAAAGCGUUCCACAGGGAUGCAGGCCCAUGUUGACUCCAAUGCUUCCAACAGUUGUGUCAAGUUGGCUGGAUGUCCUUUGGGUGGUGGACCUUUCUUGAUACACACUGGAAACUGUUGAGCAUGAAAAACCCAUCAGUGUUGCAGUUCUUGACACAAACCGGUGCGCCUGGCACCUUCUACCAUACCUCAUUGAAUGGCAAUUAAAUAUUUUGUCUUGCCCAUUCACCCUCUGACACAAUGAAUGUCACAAUUAAAAAUCAUUAUUUAACCUGUCUCCUCCCCUUCAUCUACAUUGAUUCAAGUGGAUUUAACAAGUGACAUCAGUAAGGGAUCAUAGCUUUCACCUGGAUUCACCUGGUCAGGCUAUGUCAUGAAAAGAGCAUAAUGUUUUGUACACUCAGAGUAUGUCAAUCUCAAUUUAAGUUGAAGCCUCACAAUUGUAGAAUAUACUAGAGAGUUCAUCUUUGUCUCCACAAGAUGGUUCAGGUGGCUGGAACAGUAACGGCUGCAGGGUUAGUCCCAUGUCCAAUGGAAACAAGACUAUCUGCCUCUGUGACCAUCUUACACACUUUGGCAUCCUAAUGGUAAGACUUGUGUUCACAUUAAACCAGUUGGAGACUCUUUCCCAUUAUAAGGGUCUCUGCAAGUCUAACUUGACUUGAUUGUUUGGUGAAUACCUUUAUUUUCUGUAUUCUCUGUGAAGGAUAUCUCUGGAUCUGCUGCACAGAUUGAUGAGAAAAACACCAAGAUUCUCACCUUCAUCACUUACAUCGGAUGUGGCAUAUCGGCCAUCUUCUCUGCUGUAACGCUUCUGACUUAUAUCGCCUUUGAGUGAGUAUAUUACCAUUUUGGACAACUCCAACAUGUGACCAGGAAAUACUCCUAUAACUAGUCUUAUGAAUUCUUCCUGUCUACAUCAGGUGGACUAUUGGUCCUAGUCAUUGGCCAUGAUAUUAUAACAAAGACAACCAGAUCUGUAGUAGUCAGACAGUGUUAUUCAGUGUCUGUCCUCUCUACAGGAAGUUACGUCGUGACUACCCGUCCAAGAUCCUGAUGAACCUGAGCACGUCGCUGCUCUUCCUCAACAUGGUGUUCCUAUUGGAUGGCUGGCUGGCCUCCUUCGAAAUGGAAGACCUGUGUGUGGCUGUGGCCAUCUUCCUCCACUUCUUCCUGCUCACAUCCUUUACCUGGAUGGGCCUCGAGUCCAUCCACAUGUACAUUGCCCUGGUCAAAGUCUUCAACACCUACAUCCGGAGGUACAUUCUCAAGUUCUGCAUCGUCGGCUGGGGUAAGUGGCACUAAAGUUGGAUAAACUAAUUACUAUGCAGUAUGCUGGCUGUGUCCAAUACCAAAUUGCUAUUAAAAUGCAAAUGCAUGGGAUGCAUUAUUCACGGUAUACACUGAAUUUUAAACUUAAUUUGUACCUAGUGUUGCAAAACUACCGGUAAUUUACUAAUCUAUGGUAACUUUGGUAAUGUAUACUUGAAAAUAGCCUAAUUAAUGAAAAAAGCAUCUAAUCAACAAUGAGUCGUUCCACCACAAAAAGCACAAGAAAGAGGAUAUCGACACCCACCAUCUCAGACUGUUCUUAAACCGUUUCUGUAGUUAGAAACAGAUAAGAUUAUAAUUCCUGAAACAUUAUUUUGUUGAAAGACAAUUGAACCCAAAUUGGUCAUUUCAAUUAAUAGGAUUAAUCUAAAAUUCUAUAAAUAUAGUACCCAAUAUCCGAUUUGGACCAAACCUCUUUUGAACAGUAAUUAAGACGUGAGGAAUCCAAAUAAAUUGUCAAAAGCCACCCACGGACCCUCCAAAUGCGACAUCCCACACCAAGCCCACCCCAACGGCCAGUUACAGUAUUCCAACUAUUGACUUUUUUCACAACUGCCACCAAUUUGGUGCCAAAACAUUUACAACAAAGACAUAUUGACAUUAUAAAAAAGUUAACGUGUGUAAAAAUAAUAUAAAGGAUAUUUCAUGCUGAAACCCUCAUAUUAAACACCAAUGGUAUUCACUUAGUUGAUGGUUUAUAUCUAGGAUAAUGUUUUACAGCUUUGUCAGUUAUUUUAAAUAAGAUGUCCAGAGAUAAUUACAGAUACCUGUGAUAAUCUAAAGUACCCAAAAAGGCUGCUAGAUGUCAUGUGAUACAAUAAAAAAUAAUAAUUGAAAGUUACCAAAAUUCUGGUAGUUUACUGGUAAACUUUGAAAGUUACCAGUAAUAUACCCUCCCAUUGCAACCCUAUAUAUACCUGAAUGUGUCUCACUUCCAGGUCUGCCAGCUGCGAUAGUUGCUACAGUGGUAGCUAUUGACAAAAACUCCUAUGGGAAAAGGGAGUAUGGAAAGGGGGAUACUGGACAAGGCUCUUCUGAAUUGUAAGUCCUGCAUCAAGUUCAAGAGAUAUGAAAGAAGACAUUCUGUAUGUAGAUUGAGUCUUAGACUUGAGUAAUCCAAGUUUAUGUCUUCCCAUAUGGCAGUCAUAGGACCAGGACUAGAUACUAUAGUGCAUAAUGUAUGUAAUAUACACUACCAGUCUAUACUCUACUCAUUCAAGGGUUUUUCUUUAUUUUUACUAUUUUUUACAUUGUAGAAUAACAGUGAAGAGAUCAAAACUAUGAAAUAACACAUAUAGAAUCAUGUAGUAACCAAAAAAGUGUUAAACAAAUCAAAAUAUAUUUUAUAUUUGAGAUUCUUCAAAUAGCCACCCUUUGCCUUUAUGACAGCUUUGCACACUCUUGGCAUUCUCUCAACCAGCUUCAUGAGUUAGUCACCUAGAAUGCAUUUCAAUUAACAGGUGUGCCUUGUUAAAAGGUAAUCUGUGGAAUUUAUUUCCUUCUUAAUGCGUUUGAGCCAAUCAGUUGUGGUGUGACAAAGUGUGUGGGGGGGGGGGGGGGGGGGGGGGGACAUGAAGGUCAGUCAAUACGGAAAUUUCAAGAACUUUGAAAGUUUCUUCAAGUGCCGUUGCAAAAACUAUCAAGCGCUACGAUGAAACUGGCUCUCAUGAGAACCACCACAGGAAUGGAAGACCCAGAGUUACAGUGGGGGAAAAAAGUAUUUAGUCAGCCACCAAUUGUGCAAGUUCUCCCACUUAAAAAGAUAUACAGUGGGGAAAAAAAGUAUUUAGUCAGCCACCAAUUGUGCAAGUUCUCCCACUUAAAAAGAUGAGAGAGGCCUGUAAUUUUCAUCAUAGGUACACAUCAACUAUGACAGACAAAAUGAGGGAAAAAAAAUCCAGAAAAUCACAUUGUAGGAUUUUUAACGAAUUUAUUUGCAAAUUAUGGUGGAAAAUAAGUAUUUGGUCACCUACAAACAAGCAAGAUUUCUGGCUCUCACAGACCUGUAACUUCUUCUUUAAGAGGCUCCUCUGUCCUCCACUCGUUACCUGUAUUAAUGGCACCUGUUUGAACUUGUUAUCAGUAUAAAAGACACCUGUCCACAACCUCAAACAGUCACACUCCAAACUCCACUAUGGCCAAGACCAAAGAGCUGUCAAAGGACACCAGAAACAAAAUUGUAGACCUGCACCAGGCUGGGAAGACUGAAUCUGCAAUAGGUAAGCAGCUUGGUUUGAAGAAAUCAACUGUGGGAGCAAUUAUUAGGAAAUGGAAGACAUACAAGACCACUGAUAAUCUCCCUCGAUCUGGGGCUCCACGCAAGAUCUCACCCUGUGGGGUCAAAAUGAUCACAAGAACGGUGAGCAAAAAUCCUAGAACCACACGGGGGGACCUAGUGAAUGACCUGCAGAGAGCUGGGACCAAAGUAACAAAGCCUACCAUCAGUAACACACUACGCCGCCAGGGACUCAAAUCCUGCAGUGCGAGACGUGUCCCCCUGCUUAAGCCAGUACAUGUCCAGGCCCGUCUGAAGUUUGCUAGAGUGCAUUUGGAUGAUCCAGCAGAGGAUUGGGAGAAUGUCAUAUGGUCAGAUGAAACCAAAAUAUAACUUUUUGGUAAAAACUUAACUCGUCGUGUUUGGAGGACAAAGAAUGCUGAGUUGCAUCCAAAGAACACCAUACCUACUGUGAAGCAUGGGGGUGGAAACAUCAUGCUUUGGGGCUGUUUUUCUGCAAAGGGACCAGGACGACUGAACCGUGUAAAGGAAAGAAUGAAUGGGGCCAUGUAUCGUGAGAUUUUGAGUGAAAACCUCCUUCCAUCAGCAAGGGCAUUGAAGAUGAAACGUGGCUGGGUCUUUCAGCAUGACAAUGAUCCCAAACACACCGCCCGGGCAACGAAGGAGUGGCUUCGUAAGAAGCAUUUCAAGGUCCUGCAGUGGCCUAGCCAGUCUCCAGAUCUCAACCCCAUAGAAAAUCUUUGGAGGGAGUUGAAAGUCUGUGUUGCCCAGCGACAGCCCCAAAACAUCACUGCUCUAGAGGAGAUCUGCAUGGAGGAAUGGGCCAAAAUACCAGCAACAGUGUGUGAACACCUUGUGAAGACUUAUAGAAAACGUUUGACCUGUGUCAUUGCCAACAAAGGGUUUAUAACAAAGAGAUGGGAAACUUUUGUUAUUGACCAAAUACUUAUUUUCCACCAUAAUUUGCAAAUAAAUUCAUAAAAAAUCCUACAAUGUGAUUUUCUGGAAUUUUUUUCCUCAUUUUGUCUGUCAUAGUUGACGUGUACCUAUGAUGAAAAUUACAGGCCUCUCUCAUCUUUUUAAGUGGGAGAACUUGCACAAUUGGUGGCUGACUAAAUACUUUUUUCCCCCACUGUAAUAAAUAAUAAUAUGCCAUUUAGCAGACGCUUUUAUCCAAAGCGACUUACAGUCAUGCGUGCAUACAUUUUUUGUGUAUGGGUGGUCCCGGGGAUCGAACCCACUACCUUGGCGUUACAAGCGCCGUGCUCUACCAGCUGAGCUACAGAGGACCACUAGGAUGAGAGAGGCCUGUAAUUUUCAUCAUAGGUACACGUCAACUAUGACAGACAAAUUGAGAAAAAAAAAUCCAGAAAAUCACAUUGUAGGAUUUUUUAUGAAUUUAUUUGCAAAUUAUGGUGGAAAAUAAGUAUUUGGUCACCUACAAACAAGCAAGAUUUCUGGCUCUCACAGACCUGUAACUUCUUCUUUAAGAGGCUCCUCUGUCCUCCACUCGUUACCUGUAUUAAUGGCACCUGUUUGAACUUGUUAUCAGUAUAAAAGACACCUGUCCACAACCUCAAACAGUCACACUCCAAGCUCCACUAUGGCCAAGACCAAAGAGCUGUCAAAGUACACCAGACACAAAAUUGUAGACCUGCACCAGGCUGGGAAGACUGAAUCUGCAAUAGGUAAGCAGCUUGGUUUGAAGAAAUCAACUGUGGGAGCAAUUAUUAGGAAAUGGAAGACAUACAAGACCACUGAUAAUCUCCCUCGAUCUGGGGCUCCACGCAAGAUCUCACCCCGUGGGGUCAAAAUGAUCACAAGAACGGUGAACAAAAAUCCCAGAACCACACGGGGGGACCUAGUGAAUGACCUGCAGAGAGCUGGGACCAAAGUAACAAAGCCUACCAUCAGUAACAUACUACGCCGCCAGGGACUCAAAUCCUGCAGUGCCAGACGUGUCCCCCUGCUUAAGCCAGUACAUGUCCAGGCCCGUCUGAAGUUUGCUAGAGUGCAUUUGGAUGAUCCAGAAGAGGAUUGGGAGAAUGUCAUAUGGUCAGAUGAAACCAAAAUAUAACUUUUUGGUAAAAACUCAACUCGUCGUGUUUGGAGGACAAAGAAUGCUGAGUUGCAUCCAAAGAACACCAUACCUACUGUGAAGCAUGGGGGUGGAAACAUCAUGCUUUGGGGCUGUUUUUCUGCAAAAGGACCAGGACGACUGAUCCGUGGAAAGGAAAGAAUGAAUGGGGCCAUGUAUCGUGAGAUUUUGAGUGAAAAUCUCCUUCCAUCAGCAAGGGCAUUGAAGAUGAAACGUGGCUGGGUCUUUCAGCAUGACAAUGAUCCCAAACACACUGCCCGGGCAACGAAGGAGUGGCUUCGUAAGAAGCAUUUCAAGGUCCUGGAGUGGCCUAGCCAGUCUCUAGAUCUCAACCCCAUAGAAAAUCUUUGGAGGGAGUUGAAAGUCUGUGUUGCCCAGCGACAGCCCCAAAACAUCACUGCUCUAGAGGAGAUCUGCAUGGAGGAAUGGGCCAAAAUACCAGCAACAGUGUGUGAAAACCUUGUGAAGACUUACAGAAAACGUUUGACCUGUGUCAUUGCCAACAAAGGGUAUAUAACAAAGUAUUGAGAAACUUUUGUUAUUGACCAAAUACUUAUUUUCCACCAUAAUUUGCAAAUAAAUUCAUAAAAAAUCCUACAAUGUGAUUUUCUGGAAAAUAAAUUCUCAUUUUGUCUGUCAUAGUUGACGUGUACCUACGAUGAAAAUUACAGGCCUCUCUCAUCUUUUUAAGUGGGAGAACUUGCACAAUUGGUGGCUGACUAAAUACUUUUUUCCCCCACUGUACCUCUGCUGCAGAGGAUAAGUUCAUUAGAGUUACCAGCCUCUGAAAUUGCAGCCCAAAUAAAUGCUUCACAGAGUUCAAGACACAGACACAUCUCAACAUCAACUGUUCAGAGGGGACUGUGUGAAUCAGGCCUUCAUGGUCCAAUUGCUGCAAAGAAACCACUACUAAAGGACACCAAUAAAAAGAGACCUGCUUGGGCCAAGAGACGCGUGUGGGUGAACGGAUGAUCUCCGCAUGUGUAGUUCCCACCGUAAAGCAUGGAGGAGGAGAUGUUAUGGUGUGGGGGUGCUUUGCUGGUGACACUGUCUGUGAUUUAUUUAGAAUUCAAGGCACACUUAACCAGCAUUGCUACCACAGCAUUCUGCAACGAUACACCACCCAUCUUGUUUGGACUAUCAUUUGUUUUUCAACAGGACAAUGACCCAACACACCUCCAGGCUGUCAAACUGGAAACCACAUAUCCUGAGGCAGCAUUUAUUGUAGCUGGGGAUUUUAACAAAGCAAAUUUGAGGACUAGGCUGCCAAAGUUCUAUCAACAUAUUGACUGCAGUACUCGCGCUGCUAAAACACUAGACCACUGUUAUUAGAACUUCCGGGAUGCUUACAAGGCCCUCCCCCGCCCUCCUUUCGGAAAAUCUGACCACGACUCCAUUUUGCUUCUCCCUUCCUAUAGGCAGAAACUCAAACAGGAAGUACCCGUGCUAAGGACUAUCCAACGCUGGUCUGACCAAUCGUAAUCCACGCUUCAGAAUUGUUUUGAUCACGCGGACUGGGAUAUGUUCUGGGUAGCUUGCGAAAAUAAUUUUGAUGAAUACACUGAUAUGGUAACUGAGUUUAUCAGGAAGUGUAUAGGAGAUGUCGUACCCACUGUGACUAUUAAAACCUACCAUAACCAGAAACUGUGGAUAGAUGGCAGCAUUCGCACGAAACUGAAAGCACCAGCCACCGCAUUUAACCAUGACAAGUUGACUAGGAAUAUGGCAGAAUACAAACAGUGUAGUUAUUCAUCAAGGCAAUCAAACAAGCAAAACGUCAGUGUAGAGACAAAGUGGAGUCACAAUUCAACGGCUCAGACACGAGACGUAUGUGGCAGGGUCUACAGACAAUCCCGGACUACAAAAAGAAAACCAGCCACAUCACCAAGACCGACGUCUUGCUUCCGGACAAGCUAAACACUUUCUUCGCAUGCUUUGAGGAUAACACAGUGCCACCGACGCGGCCCACUACCAAGGACUGUGGGCUCUCCUUCACCCUCGCAAGGCUGCCGGACCAGACGGCAUCUCUAGCCACUUUCUCAGAGCAUGCGCAGACCAGCUGGCUGGUGUGUUUACUGGCAUAUUCAUUCUCUCCCUCCCUAUCCCAGUCUGCUGUCCCCAAAUGCUUCAAGAUGGCCACCAUUGUUCCUGUACCCAAGAAAGCAAAGGUAACUGAACUAAAUUACUAUCACCCCAUAGCACUCACCUCUGUCAUCAUGAAGUGCUUUGAGAGACUAGUCAAGGAUCAUAUCACCUCUACCUUACCUGCCACCCUAGACCCACUUCAGUUUGCCUACAGCCCCUAAGAUUCACAGACGAUGCAAUCGCCAUCACUCUGCACACAGCCCUAUCCUAUCUGGACAAGAAGGAAUACCUAUGUAUGAAUGCUGUUUAUUGACUAUAGCUCAGCAUUCAACACCAUAGUACCCUCCAAGCUCAUCAUUAAGCUCGAAGCCCUGGGUCUGAACCCCGCCCUGUGCAACUGGGUCCUGGACUUCCUGAUGGGCCGCCCCCAGGUGGUGAAGGUAGGAAACAACACCUCCACUUCGCUGAUCCUCAACACUGGGGCUCCACAAGGGUGCGUGCUCAGCCCACUCCUGUACUCCCUGUUCACCCAUGACUGUGUGGCCAAGCACGCCUCCAACUCAAUCAUGAAGCUUGCAGACGACACAACAGUAAUAGGCUUGAUUACCAACAAUGAUGAGACAGCCUACAGGGAGGAGGUGAGGGCUCUGGGAGUGUGGUGCCAGGAAAAUAACCUCUCACUCAACGUCAACAAAACAAAGGAGAUGAUCGUGGACUUCAGGAAACAGCAGAAGGUGCACCCCCCUAUCCAUAUUGACGGGACCGCAGUGGAGAAGGUGGAAAGCUUCAAGUUCCUUGGCGUACACAACACUGACAAACUGAAAUGGACCACCCACACAGACAGUGUGGUGAAGAAGGCGCAACAGAGCCUCUUCAACCUUAGGAGGCUAAAGAAAUUUGGCUUGGCACCUAAAACCCUCACAAACUUUUACAGAUGCACAAUUGAGAGCAUCCUGUCGGCCUGUAUCACCGCCUGAUACGGCACCUGCACCACCUGCAACCGCAAGGCUCUCCAGAGGGUAGUGUGGUCUGCCCAACGCAUUACCGGGGGCAAACUACCCGCCCUCCAGGACACAUUUUACAUUACAUUUUAGUCAUUUAGCAGACGCUCUUAUCCAGAGCGACUUACAGUUAGUGAGUGCAUACAUUCUUUUUUUCUUUUUCAUACUGGACCCCGUGGGAAGCGAACCCACAACCCUGGCGUUGCUCCACCAACUGAGCUACAUCCCUGCCGGCCAUUCCCUCCCCUACCCUGGACGACGCUGGGCCAAUUGUGAGACUAAAAAACAGCUUCUAUCUCAAGGCCAUCAGACUGUUAAACAGCCAUCACUAGCACAUUAGAGGCUGCUGCCUAUAGACAUAUACUAGAAAUCACUGGCCACUUAAAGAAAUGGAACACUAGCCACUUUAAUAAUGUUUACAUAUCUUUCAUUACUCAUCUCAUAUAUAUUUACUGUAUUCUAUACUAUUCUACAGUAUUUUUGUCACUUUAAUCAUUUUUACAUAUCUUGCAUUAGUAAGGACAAACGCUUGGAGACGAGAAGCAAGUACAGGGAGUGAACAUUUAAUGAAAAACCAGACAGGAACAAAACACAGACAGCGUCUGUAUAACGGAAACUAAACAACAUUGAUGCCGACACGGGGAUCAAAUUGAGGAACAGAUGGAUAUAGGGACGGUAACCAAGCAGUGAUGAUGUUCAGGUGGUGACAGGUGUCCGUAAUGAUGGGCAGCCUGGCGCCCUCGACCGCCAGGGAGGGGGAGCGGGAGCAGGCGUGACAGUACCCCCCCCCCCUUAGGCAUCCCACCUGGGCAAGCCUGACGGGCCGGCCGAGGCUUGGGAGCCGAACGAGCUUGCCGAGGCGCGGGAACCUGUCGAGCCUGACGGGCCGGCUGAGGCAUGGGAGUCUCACGAGCCGGCCAAGGAGCGGGAACCUGUCGAGCCUGACAGACCGGACGAGGCAUGGGAGUCUCACGAGCCGGCCGAGGAGCGGGAACCUGUUGAGCCGGCCGAGGCGUGGGAGCCUGAUGAGCCGGCUGAGGCGUGGAAGCCUGACGAGCCGGCCGAGGCGUGGAUGCCUAACGAGCCGGCUGAGGCAUGACGUGGGGUGGGAGCCUGCCGACCCCUCUGAGGCAUGGGAGCCUGACGAGCCCGCUGAGGCAUAUGAACCUGACGAGCCCGCUGAGGCAUGGGAGCCUGACGAGUCCGCUGAGGCAUGGAAGCCUGACGAGUCCGCUGAGGUAUGGGAGCCUGACGAGCCCGCUGAGGCAUGGGAGCCUGACGAGCCAGCUGAGGCAUGACGUGGGAUGGCAGCCUGCCGAGCCAACCGAGGCAAGAAAACCGCUCAAGCCAGCUAAGGCAUGGAAGCCUGAUGAGCCAGCUGAGGCAUCCCCGGUUCCUUCGGCAGCGGCACCCAGACCCGACGUCACCAAUCCAAAGGAAAAAACAAAAAACUUCCCUGAUGCGUCUGAUAUUGGUGUCUGCAUUAAUGUUGUUUCAUUUACGUUGUCCAGACACUGUCAGUGUUUUGUUCCUGUCUGGUUUUUCAAUAAAUGUUCACUCCCUGUACUUGCUUCCCGUCUCCCAGCGUCUGUCCUUACAGCAUUACUCAUCUCAUAUGUAUAUACUGUAUUCUAUACUAUUCUACUGUAUCUUAGUCCAUGUCGCUCUGACAUCGCUUGUCCAUAUAUGUAUAUAUGUAUAUAUUCUUAAUUCAUUCCUUUCUUAGAUUUGUGUGUAUUGGGUAUAUGUUGAAAUAGUUAGAUAUUACUCGCUAGAUAUUACUGCACUGUCGGAGCUAGAAGCACAAGCAUUUCACUACACCCGCAAUAACAUCUGCUAAACACCUAUAUGUGACCAAUAACAUUUGAUUUGUAAGGGAUAUUUUACCAAAAAGGAGAGUGAUGGAGUGCUGCAUCAGAUAACCUGGCCUCCACAAUCCCCCAACCUCAACCCAAUUGAGAUGGUUUGGGAUGAGUCGGACGGCAGAGUGAAGGAAAAGCAGCCAACAAGUGCUCAGCAUAUGUGGGAACUCUUUCAAGACUGUUGGAAAAGCAUUCCAGGUGAAGCUGGUUGAGAGAAUGUCAAGAGUGUGCAAAGCUGUCAUCAAGGCAAAGGGUGGCUAUUUGAAGAAUCUCAUAUAUAAGAUAUAUUUUGAUUUGUUUAACACUUUCUUGGUUACUACAUGAUUCCAUAUGUGUUAUUUCAUAGUUCUGAUGUCUUCACUAUUAUUCUAAAAUGUAGAAAAUAGUAAAAAUAAAGAAAAACCCUUGAAUGAGUAGGUGUGUCCAAACUUUUGACUGGUACUGUAUGUGAUAUUGGUCCAGCCUUCUGGCUAAAACAUGUAAGUUAACCAACGGCAACCAAUUUUACUAAUUUCCCUUCUCCUCCCCACCUCCUCCCCUACUCCCAGCUGUUGGAUCCGGAGCAAUUUGGUGUUCUAUGUGACAUGUGUGGGCUACUUCUCUGUCGUCUUCCUCCUGAACGUGGCCAUGUUCAUCGUGGUUAUGAUCCAGAUCUGUGGUCGUAACGGGAAGCGUAGCAACCGCACGCUGCGUGAUGAGGUGCUGAGGAACCUGAGGAGCGUCAUCAGUCUCACCUUCCUCCUGGGCAUGACCUGGGGCUUCGCCUUCUUCGCCUGGGGACCCGUCAACCUGGCCUUCAUGUACCUCUUCUCCAUCUUCAACUCACUGCAAGGUACAGGGCCCCCCCAUGGUGCGCUGUGCACCCAAAGGAGAAUACACAGUAGUAUUGGUUACUAAUAUGUGAAUGUUUGGCUCAAAGGUGUAUUUUUGUAUGUGUUUAUUUUUAAACUCUUGUAAGAAGCAGGUCUUUAAUGUAUUAUAUGUUAAGAACACGGGAGGUUGGUGGCAUCUUAAUUGGGGAGGACGGGCUUGUGGUAAUGGCUGGAGCGGAAUAGGUGGAAUGGUAUCGAAUUCAUAAUGCCAUUCCAUUAGCUCCGUUCCAGACAUUAUUAUGAGCUGUCCUCCCCUAAGCAGCCUCCUGUGGUUAACAGUAAUAAGUUAUCUCCUCACUGUCAUGUCAUAUGCUAUUUGUUCCACCAGAGGUCUCCUUGGUACAACAUCUGGUAACUGAAAGAUGAACCAAACUUGCUCUCUUUUAUUUGUCAUCUCUGUCAUCUUCAUUGUUAUUAAACAGCCUUUUCCUCCAUUGUUCUUUUCUGGCCAAUAGGUUUAUUCAUAUUCAUAUUCCACUGUGCAUUGAAAGAGAAUGUCCAGAAACAGUGGAGGAGAUACUUGUGUUGUGGCAGAUUCCGCCUGGCAGACAACUCAGGUAAAGAUCUGACAAGAAACAGACAACAAAGAGGCUUCUCCCUCUCAGGAAAAAUAUCUGGCCUGAUAUUCAGAACAGCUAUCACACUACUAUCAUAACCGUUUUUAGGAUGAGAGGGGUGAAGUUGCUGUACUUGUACAUUGCUAAUAAAAGUCCUAUGUGAUUGUGAUAAAGAUUAUAAGAUACAAAUCUUAUUAAAAUAUUUUCAGUUGACAUUUAUAUUGAAUCUUGUCUAAUGUAAAUAGAAUUCCUAUUGAAGUGAAAGUCACUGUAAUAUACGCUAGUACAUAUCUGCACAGGAGUCCAGUAAAAGUGCCCUGUGGACUCACUCCGGACUUCCACAGUAACAAAGAAAAUGUGUUAUUAAAGUAUAAAACCUGAGAGGUCUUAGCUUUAUACGCAAUCAAAUAUGAUACACAGAAACUCCAUAAAACCCUGAAGUAACAAAGAUCACUUCACUCUUAAUUUUGCCUGAAUAAGUAUGUGUGAAAUGUGUCUUGUUGCAUGGCAGACUGGAGCAAGACAGCCACUAACAACACCAAGAAGGUCAGCUCAGACACUGUGGGGAAGUCCCUGUCCUCCAGCUCCUUUGGCUCCAGUACAGCAAACUGGACUUCCAAGGCCAAAGCAACUCUAAAUCCCUUUGCAAAGCGCAACAGUAAUGCAGGUAAGACACCAUGGGAGGGUCUAAUAUUGAGCCAUACACAGCUUUUUGUUUACUUUCAGUUGGUCUGUUUCAUUGAACCACAUUUCGUUCAUACAAAAGUUUACUUUUUGUAGUUAUGAAAAGAAGGAUCGUUUACAUUACUUUUUUCCACCUUCAUUUUUAAUAACAAAAAAAUAUAUGUCUACAAGGACUGUGUGAAACAUUUAUUUUCUUGCUUUUAUGUGUACAAUAGUUAUUCCUGGGCUACAUGGUGGUUGAUCUCCUGUAUGUAUUUAUGUUUGUGGUGUGUAGAUGUAGCCCACCAAUAGCACGAAGGAGAACCUCCUGAGGUAAACUGAACUGCAUCAAAGCUAGCCUGACUCCAUGCUUCCUUACAGUGUGACGUGAUGUUGUGUUAUUGGCCUUUUGCCUUUAGAACAUGAAGGCCUGGAUUCAACCUAACAGAUGUUGGUUGCACUUUUCCUUAACACUGGUGUGUCUAACAGAACAAUAAAAAAUGUAACCGUUUAAAACAGAAAUAUUGUGUUGACAUCUUGGAAUUAACACAAAAAUUGGCAUGUGUGCAUUUGGUUUCGAUGCCAAAUGCUACCUUUGAUGGUUAGAUUGAAUCCAGAUUGAAUGGUGACAUGAAGACCCUGUAAGACAAAGAGCUCUAUUCUGUCAUUGUUCUCUCUAAAGUCAUUGAAAAACAUUUCAAAGAUAACAUGCUAUAACAACUUACAGCAAAAUAAUAACAUUAAUGUUUAACUUGGUUUAAACAUGGACAUGAAGUAAUAUAAAUACAGUUGUAAUAAUAUCAUCUGACCAAUGAGAGAGUUUGGCAGAUGAGCUCCUUUGCCUUCUUCUCAGUGGUUCUGGAUGUCACUCUCACUCACUCAUACCACACUAAUUCUGCUCCCCUAGGAUGUCUCUGUUUUCUGCUAGCAGCAACGAUACCACAGUAAAACACACUGCUUGCAUUUCAGCACUCAACUGUCACAUGGAAAAUUGUAGACGUGUGUGUGUGUGCAUCCCUGAAUGGAGAUAGUGCUAUCACCCUCACCUAUACUUUACAACCAAAUGCACAAUUCAAGCAUGAUGUUUGUGCCUUAUUACAUGUUUAUACACAGAUCUUGUGAUAAUAAUAUGGUGAAUUACCUUGGCUCCCUGAAGAUUUGGGUUGCGCCCUUCAUUAUUUAGCGCAUGUAAAAACCCGGUAUGUACCGACCGUACUCAGGCACUAUAGUACGUAUGGAAAUGGUUAAGAUGAAGGUAUAGACAUUAAGACAUGCAGCAAAGUGUUGCAACAUGUUCUUAUCAUUAGGGUCUUCAUUUCACGGAGAUCUCAGGUAAGGUGAAAUAUAAUUUGUCAGCAGACAUGGAUACUCCUCCUCUCACUAUUCCUUUGCCUCUCUGAGGUAGGCCACGGCUUCAAGAGAAAAUCAUUGAGCAUCCGUGUCAGGCGUGCAGUGCAGUACACUCUCCUAUUGCUUCCAGAUGUGUGCCUUGGAGAUAAUCUGCAAUUUACUCUGUGAUAUUGUCAUAUUGGACUGAUCCAACGAUUAAUGGCAUCCCCCGGCUAAUAGACUAAUCUAGUCUGACAGAGCCUAUAAAGCAGUGGCUGAGAAACGAAGGUGAUCGUGCGUGAAGCACACUGCCAACAAGAGGUGGCCUCCAAUACCUUACUUGACAUAGCAGUUCAGGGAUUUAGCAGAAUAAACUUUGUUUUAUUGUGUACACAAUUUAAGGAUGACCUUACAUUACUUUAUCAUGAACACAUGUGCAAUGUGAGGACUAAUGAGUGUAUGAGAUAAGUUGAUAACUGGUUUGGUGAAAGAAACAGUUUUGUAGGAUCAAAGUGAAUAACUAGUGAUUAACGUGUGAUCGUGAUUAUAGCUGUUAAUCACUCAAACUGAAAACAGACAUACAUAUAGUCUCAUGUUUCUGACUUCACUCUCGAUAAGUCAGGCUUUUUCCCAUACAUGGUGAGUGUACAGUGGGGUGAGGAGGCAGCCAGCGGUUCUGUCACUAAAGAUGCCAAAGUCUUUGCAUUGCAAAGCCUGUGUUCUGUGCUUAAUUGACCCACUCAAGUCAUUCUUUUCAAAACCGCGAUGGAUGUUUUAGCCCUGACAUUAUCAAAUGGCAAAGACCAACCCAAAUAUAUUAUCACUUGGCAAACAAAACAAGAAUAAGACAAAAACAGAUGAAAACGGUUCAGACAUGUUGGAAAGAAACAGUUAUGCAUAGUUGUCCAUUGUGGUUGAAUUUCAAGGUUGUUUGAAUGUGCAUGCAUGUAUAGGAAUGAAUUCCACAAGAAUGCAGAGAUGCAUGAGAAUUGUUCCUCAGAAAAUAUUGGGACUCAAUUUAAACAGUAACUAGACAUAAGCCUAAACCUCAAACCUUUUCUAAGCUAAAGAAACAUCUUCGCAAAGCCUAUGCAUUAGAAUUUUUGUAAAUGAGUGCCACAUAUUCAACCUACAAUCAUAAAUACACAAUCAUUGUAUAUAGAUUUAGGGCCCAAUUCAAUCAGAUCUGCUUUGGCCGACAUCCGCAUAGCUGAUGUUUUGACAGUCUCGGAGGUGGAACUGCGUUAGAGCUGUCAAAUCCACAAGCGGCUGCCGGCAUUAUACCUAAAGCGGACAUUGCCAUUGGCUACAUGGAGUCACAUUAAGAGAAAUCUCAUGAAGCCUUGUUUACAAGUUCGGACACUGAAAUGUGAGAUGUAAUCUACUCCUUGAUUAGGCUGAUAGAAAUCCUUAUAAAUUAGUUUAAUGAUUUUUCAAUUUGAGACAAAUUAUUUCUAUAUAGCCUACACUUUCUCGUUCUGAACUUCUACCGCGAGUGGGCGGGUGUGGCUUCGUGACAAUGAUUGCAAGAGCAGCUGCAACAAGGUUCCACCUCCGACACAGCCAAAACAUCCGCUAUUUGGGUGUCUGCUAUCGCCAGUUAACGCUUGAUCUGAUUGAAUCUAGGCCUAAGAUCUACUUUGUGUAUGUGUUCAGUGAUGUAUUUUUUACUUGCUUAUUUUUCAAUUGUCUUUAGCCAUUAGUUUUGUGUCAUUGUGAGUUUAAGGAAAGAAAACAAUGAAACAUUGUACUAUGCAGUAUUGUUAAAGAGAACAAAGAUCAUUGUGUUGUUUCUGAACCAUGACAUUAUCUCUCCUCACCUUUGGACAGGUAAAGGUUACUCCAACCAGACCAAUCCUAAAAGUGUCUCCUCAGAUGGCGAGGCCUCCUCCUCCUCCUCCUCCUCCUCCAUCAUCCCCGUGCACCAAGUCAUUGACAAGGUCAAAGGUUACUGCUCGGUGCGCUCCGACAACUUCUACAAGAACAUCAUCAUGUCGGACAGCUUCAGCCACAGCACCAAGUUCUAG